UUGAACCACCUUCAGACUUGAGAUUUAAGAUUUUAAAUGAGAACACUGUACAAAUGACAUGGAAUGUGCCACUAACACCAAUAGAGGGAUUCAAGAUACAAGUGGCCUCAGACACAGGUGGGUGGUCUGUUUUGCUGCAGCCCAUCUCUCUCAACUUCACUACCUUUACUGCAACAUUACCUGUGUAGUUUACAACAAGCAAUCACAGCCAUUGACACGACAAAACACCUACAUUUCCUGUUUUCACCAAUUCAUUAUGGGAUCCACAUAUUAAACAUUUCAUGCACUCAAUGCCUAAGAUUGUUAAGGCAUAAAUUGCUUUAUUUUGAGAUUCAGAAUUGUUAAUUUCCCUAACCCUUAAUUCCUAACUUGGUACUGUAUUAUUUCCAUAGACGAACCAACAAAAUAUGUAUCCCUCCCCGCCACUGCCACUAAGACCUCCAUCACAGAUCUGACUCCAGACAUGGACUAUGUAGUAACAAUCAUCACAUACUCUGGAUCAGAGGAAAGUUUGCCCAUCUCAGGACAGCUCACAAGUGAGUCACUUACUAUCACAUCUUAUGUAGACUAUACUGGUGAAUGAAGUGAGUCACUUACGGUCACAGCCACUUGUUUAGUCUACUGGUGAUUGAUUCAGACUAGAGAGAGGAAUGACACUGAAUUACUGCAUGGCCCUUAUCACAGAGGCUGCGUCCCAAAUGACACCCUAUUCCCUACACAGUGCACCAUUUUUUAGCAGAGCCCUAUGGGCCCUGGUCAAAAGUAGUGCACUUUAUAUUGAAUAGGGUGCCAUUUGGGACGCAGCCCCGCCCCCAGCCUCUUAUUUCAAAUCAAAUUAUAUGUGUCCCAUCCGCCGAAUAAAACAAGUGUUGACUUUACCGUGAAAUGUUUACUUACGAGCCCUUUCCCAACAAUGCAGUUAAAAAGUAAGAAAAUGAACAAAGAUAAAAAGAAAAUAUGAACACAAUAAAAUAACAAUAACGAGGCUAUAUGCAGGCUAAAUACAAGGAGUACUAGUACCAAGUUAGUGUACUAGGGUACGAGGUAGUUGGGGUGAUUGAUUGAGGUAAUAUGUACAUGUAGGUUUGGUUAGGGGAUUGAUUGACAGGUAGGUAGGGGGUAAAAAGCAGAAAGUCCAGGUAGCCGUUUAAUUAACUGUUCAGCAGUCUUAUGGCUUUGGGGUAGAAGCUGUUCAGGAGUCUUUUGGUCCCAGACAUGGCGCUCCGGUACCACUUGUCGUAAAGUAGCAGAGAGAACAGAUCGUGACUUGAUUGGCUGGAGUCUUUGACAAUUUCUAGGGCUUUCCUCUGACACCGCCUGGUAUAGUGGUCCUGGAUGGCAGGGAGCUCGGCCCCAGUGAUGUACUGGGCCGUACGCACUACCCUCUGUAGCGCCUUGCGGUCGGAUCCUCUCAAUGGUGCAACUGUAUAACUUUUUGAGGAUUUAGUCUACUGGUGAAUGAUUCCAAAUGUAUAGAAAGAGGAAUGAAAAUGCAUGGCCCUAACACAGAGGCAACCCCCCUCACAAGUCUAACAGUGAUGAAAGUAUGCUGUAAUGUAAUAUGAACUGCUUGGUGGGGAAGCCUCUUUGGCAUCGGUCCUUAGAUCUGAUGCUAUAGUCCUAAGCAGCCCAGUCCGGGUCUUUAGAGAUUACUGUGAAAACUGCCGGAACUAAUUGCAUCAGUCCAUUAUAAUUUGGGAGCUGGCUUCGCCUGUCUGCUCGUUGUGACCGCUAGUGGAUUUGAUCUUAUUAGAGACAACCUCAUCAAAUAUAUACACAAAGUAUAUCUUUAUGUAUAAAUUCUGGAAUGUUUAGUCACAUCUUUUUCACAUGCUACUAGUUGAUUCUUUCACAUUAAGGUGUUGUGGGUAAGGUUAAAUAUAUUUAUUAGUUUUUUUGACUCACAUUGUUUUUUGUCUCAUUGCUUGUGUUUCAGUCCAAUCAAGUGGCACAGCGCAAGGAGGUCCCAGGAAACCACAGGUCACAGAUUCAGUCAGUAAGUCUAUUGCCUCAUUGGCAUUUUCUUUUCUGAGAAUAAACAGUUAACAACAUUUUCCAGUUUGUUCAUAGGCUAUAGUAUUUUUUCUCUCUCUUAUUGUGCCUGGGCUCUUUCCAUUCGUGUGUAGUCAACAGCACAGUAGAGGGAGUUUCCACAUAUUAUUCUGUUCAAUGCCCCAUUGUAUAGCCAAAUCAGUUUUUUUUACUAUAUAAAUCUCGAAAAUAUUGAUAAUUAUAUUGCUAAGCUGCCUGUCAUAGUCAGGCUGUCAAUCAUGCCAAGUAAAGAAGUUUGCACAUGCUCAGUGUGGGGGUCAGGGGUGUGGAGCUAACACCUGUGUCAGGGGGCAGGACCUCUGGUGCUGGAGCUGAAGAGUAUAGCCUGCCCGGCUCUGAGACAGCAAGGCUGAGAGAAGUGGAAACCAUUACAGAUACAGCUCUUUACAAGAGCACUGUGGCCUCCCCCAGAUGAUGCAUGUUUACUGCUGCUUGGGAAAACCUCUCAGACGUUAUUCCUAUCCAGAAGGCAGACCUGGAAAAUACCCUCCAGGUGACCCCCUGGACCAAAGCUAUUCACUCACUGUACCUUCACUGUACCUUGCGUUGUGUUCCCAAAGACUGUAUUCACUAUGAGGGCUUAUAUCUCAAAGUAGCACCCUAAUAGUUUGUAUAACCACUUGAGCUGGAUGUGGCUGCUGAUUUCAGGCACACAACUGGUCAUAACCCACUAUAAGGGUGAGGAUGGUGAAUGCCCUCCAGCCUGUCAAAUAAAAGUCUUGAUGAAUAGCCUGAUGAAUACAGUGCUGAUUUUGUGAUGAUUUUGGUAGUGACAAUGGUAUUCUGUCAAAAGGGAUGGCAAUAACAUCAACAUUUUCAUUGCAUUCUUUCAUUAUCACCUUAGGGUCCUAUCUGAGCAUUUGCAUUUGCCAAUAAGAAAUAUGAAUUGAUAUUCCAUAGUUCCUGUCUAGUAUACGAGUGUUAAGAGGGUCGUUUUCUUUGUUUUCUUCAUACAAUAACGUUUAAACGCUGGACCAAAGUUUGCACCUGGAGGCUGCUUUCACUCUUCACUGUAUAUAUUUGCCCAACAGUACUCUUCACAUUGUUUUCUUUGGUCAAUGAUACGGCUAUCUGGGACUUGUAAAGAUAUGGAAACAGGACAUGCUUCUCUCUACAAAAUUUGACUUCAGGUCAAGUAAUUUGCCUCUCCCAUUUUUCCAGUGUAUGCUACUUUUUUCAUUUUCUUUUUUCUCUCCUUCUCUCCUCUCCUCUACCACUCCUUCUCCCCCAGAGUGUUCAUUCAGUGCCAUCGCAGAUUUGGUGUUCCUAGUUGAUGGUUCAUGGAGCGUUGGAAGAGACUUUAAAUACAUCCGUAACUUCAUCUCUGCCAUGGCGGGGGCCUUUGAGAUUGGGGAGGACAAGACCAGGGUGGGCGUGGUCCAGUACAGCACUGAUACCAAGACAGAGUUUAACCUCAACCAGCACAUGAAAUUGGGCGAACUCCUCAGAGCCAUCAACACACUGCCUUACAAGGGUGGCAACACCAUGACAGGUACCUACCCAUCCCAUGUACAGUACCUGGCUAUACAAUACACAAUCAUAUCAUUAACAUAAUACUAACUGACAAAGCUGUAGUUCAUCAUUAACAACUCUCUGAGGUUGGUAGAGUGAAUCAAAUUAACAAUGUUAUAAGCAAAAGGGACGUCAUGCCACAUUGUUACAGGUGAGGCCAUGGACUAUUUGCUGAAAAACACAUUUACUGAGGCAAACGGUGCCAGGAAAGGCUUUCCCAAGGUGGCCAUGAUUAUCACAGACGGGAAGUCUCAAGACCCUGUGGAGAACAUCGCCAAGCAACUUAAGAACAUGGGGGUGGAGAUCUUCACCUUGGGUAUGUGACUACAGGCAACCUUUCUAUCAUCUAAUCCUGUUUAUGUCUUACUGAUACUGCUAAUCCUGUCUAUAUGUAUUCUAUAGUCAUGAGAGUAAGUUGAAGUAUUCAUAUCACAAAGUAAAGGAUCGUGAAACCUGCGAGUUAGAAUGGUAUUAAAUGGGUUUCACACAUUUUUUCCAUGUUGUCAUUCUUCCAACUGAAGUUAUGACAUGGCCUUUUGAAAAAUUAAUAUAUUCCGUAGUGAAUCCAGCUGGUUGUUCUUAAAAGUGGAAAAGAAGGAAAGACCUCCUGCUUCAUUUCAUAUCUUUAUAGAUCACUUGUUUUAUUCAGUAUAAGCUCUCAAACCUGAGAAACUAUGCAGCAAUUAAUUCCUACAUUCGGAAUCAUUUUCAUGUGCCGCCAUUGACUUUAACAAGGAGUGUUGGGGUUUUAUUGGUUUUGACUCUUAACUAUGAAUGAGUAAACCUGAAACUGUCGGGAGAUCAGAAUUACAAUGGUGAUAUGGAAAAUUUCCCCCAGUUUUUAUAAGAGACCGUAUAUAUUUUACAAAACUUUUUUGCUAUUUGUCCAAUUUAGGGAUCAAAGGAGCAGAUGAGGACGAGCUAAAACAAAUGGCUUCAACCCCCUACAGGACCCAUGUCUAUAACGUCCUCAACUUUGACCUUAUCAAAAAUGUGCAGAAAGAGCUCAUUACCCAUGUGUGCUCGGGGGUGGACGAUCAACUCAACUCGCUCGUCAGUGGAGAGGAAGGUAAAAUGCAGUUUUACGACUCAAAUGUUGGAAGUUGUUGUGGCAUGGAUAACUUUGAAGAAAUGAUUAGAGAUGCAUGAAUUAAUGGGGGUUGAUCAACACAUUUCCAGCUGGGGAGAGGAGGAUAAUUUCCUAACAAACUCCUGUCGUGAUUUCUUUGUUGGGGUUGUUUAUUUACAGUUAUUGAACCAGCAUCAAACCUCAGAGUCAUGGAGGUGGCCUCCAAGUCUAUGAGGGUGACGUGGGAUGCUUCCUUUGGAGAUGUGUCAGGUUACAAGCUCCAGCUGAUCCCCAUGAUGGCCGGCAGCAAGCGUCAGGAGCUGUACGUAGGCGCCAGCCAGACCUCAGUGACGAUUACGGGCCUGUCUCCAGACACAGAGUACCAGAUCAGCCUGUUUGCCCUCAAGGGCCUGACCCCCAGUGAGCCCAUCAUGGCCAUGGAGAAGACUGAGCCAGUCAAAGUGUCCCUUGGUGAGUAUACUCUACAACAAUAUCUUAAAGUCAUGCUGUAUGUCAGUCAUUGUUAUAAUCAUUCAGUGUCUGAUUUUGUCAUUACAUGACAGAUGUUUUUGUGUCCUCUUCUAGAAUGUUCUCUUGGAGUAGACGUGCAAGCCGAUGUUGUCAUUCUGGUCGACGGCUCAUACAGUAUCGGACUGUCCAACUUCGCUAAAGUCAGAGCUUUCCUGGAGGUGCUGGUGAACUCAUUUGACAUCGGACCGGACAAGAUUCAGAUCAGCUUGGUUCAGUACAGUAGGGACGCGCACACUGAGUUCUACCUGAACACCCACCGUGACAUGAGCGCUGUGGUCAAUGCCGUCCGAACGUUCCCCUACCGCGGCGGCUCCACCAACACCGGAAGGGCCAUGACCUACGUCAGGGAGAAGAUCUUCUUGACCAACCGAGGAUCACGGCCGAACGUCCCCCGCAUCACUAUCCUCAUCACAGACGGGAAGUCAUCCGACUCCUUCAAGGACCCGGCCACCAAGCUGAAGAAAGCAGACGUGGAGAUCUUUGCCGUGGGUGUGAAGGACGCUGUGAGGUCCGAACUGGAAGCCAUUGCUACCGAGCCCGUGGAGACCCAUGUGUACACCGUGGAGGACUUUGACGCCUUCCAGAGGAUCUCCAACGAGCUCACCCAGUCCAUCUGCCUGAGGAUCGAGCAGGAGCUCCUCAACAUCAAGAAGAAAAGUGAGUAGUACCCUCUCUAUAUCUGCAUGAUGUAGUCAUUUCUGUUAGUCAGUAUACCCAGGCCAACUGUACUCAAGUGAAGCUAAUGGUUAAUAAUAAUAGUAAUUAGGUGGGUGCUUACAUUUGUCGUAUUUCACACAUGUACAGUUGAAGUCGGAAGUUUACAUACACUUAGGUUGGAGUCAUUAAAACUCGUUUUUCAACCACUCCACAAAUUUCUUGUUAACAAACUAUAGUUUUGGCAAGUCGGUUAGGACAUCUACUUUGUGCAUGACACAAUUAACUUUUACAACAAUUGUUUACAGACAGAUUAUUUCACUUAUAAUUCACUGUAUCACAAUUCCAGUGGGUCAAAAGUUUACAUACACUAAGUUUACUGUGCCUUUAAACAGCUUGGAAAAUUCCAGAAAAUGAUGUAAUGGCUGUAGAAGCUUCUGAUUGACUAAUUGACAUCAUUUGAGUCAAUAGGGAGUACCUGUGGAUGUAUUUCAAGCCCUAACUUCAAACUUAGUGCCUCUUUGCUUGACAUCAUGGGAAAAUCAAAAUAAAUCAGCCAAGAUCUCAGAAAAAAAUGUGUAGACCUCCACAAGUCUGGUUCAUCCUUGGGAGCAAUUUGCAAAUGCCUGAAGGUACCACGUUCAUCUGUACAAUCAAUAGUACGCAAGUAUAAACACCAUGGGACCACGCAGCCGUCAUACUGCUCAGGAAGGAGACGCGUUCUGUCUCCUAGAGAUCAACGUACUUUGGUGCGUAAAGUGCAAAUCAAUCCCAGAACAACAGCAAAGGACCUUGUGAAGAUGCUGGAGGAAACAGGUAAAAAAGUAUCCAUAUCCACAGUAAAACUAGUCCUAUAUCGACAUAACCUGAAAGGCCGCACAGCAAGGAAGAAGCCACUGCUCCAAAACCGCCAUAAAAAAGCCAGACUACGGUUUGCAACUGAACAUGGGGAAAAAUAUCGUACUUUUUGGAGAAUGUCCUCUGCUCUGAUGAAACAAAAAUAGAGCUGUUUGGCCAUAAUGACCAUUGUUAUGUUUGGAGGAAAAAGGGGGUUGCUUGCAAGCCGAAGAACACCAUCCCAACCAUGAAGCACGGGGUGGCAGCAUCAUGCUGUGGGGGUGCUUUGCUGUAGGAGGGACUGGUGCACUUCACAAAAUAGAUGGCAUCAUGAGAAAGGAAAAUUAUGUGGAUAUAUUGAAGCAACAUCUGAAGACAUCAGUCAGGAAGAUAAAGCUUGGUCGCAAAUGGGUCUUCCAAAUGGACAAUGACCCCAAGCAUACUUCCAAAGUUGUGGCAAAAUGGCUUAAGGACAACAAAGUCAAGGUAUUGGAGUGGCCAUCACAAAGCCCUGACCUCAAUCCUAUAGAAAAUGUGUGGGCAGAACUGAAAAGGCGUGUGCGAGCAAGGAGGCCUACAAACCUGACUCAGUUACACCAGCUCUGUCAGGAGGAAUUGGCCAAAAUUCACCCAACUUAUUGUGGGAAGUUUGUGGAAGGCUACCCGAAACAUUUGACCCAAGUUAAACAAUUUAAAGGCAAUGCUACCAAAUACUAAUGUGUAUGUAAACUUCUGACCCACUGGGAAUGUGAUGAAAGAAAUAAAAGCUUAAAUAAAUCAUUCUCUCUACUAUUAUUCUGAAAUAAAGUGGUGAUCCUAACUGACCUAAAACAGGGAAUUUUUACUAGGAUUAAAUGUCAGGAAUUGUGAAAAACUGAUUUUAAAUGUAUUUGGCUAAGAUGUAUGUAAACUUCCGACUUCAACUGUACAUGUGUGAAUUGGAAAUUCAUUUUUUGCAUCCCACUCCACCUGAGACACCCUCUGAGAGUGGGGUCUAAGCCAGCGAUCAGCCAUUAUUGACGGCGACCCUGGAGCAAUUAGGAUUAAGUGCCUUGCUCAAGGGCACAUCGACAUAUUUUUCACUUAGUCGGCUCUGGGAUUUAAACCAGCGACCUUUCGGCUACUGUCCCAACUCUCCUAACCGCUAGGCUACAGUAAGUAAAGGAAUUUCUUAGCCAAAUAGAAUGUCUUGCAAACAAGAAAUAUGGGGGACAUUUGUGUAUGCCAUAGAUUCUCAAUGGAGAUAAUGGCCCAGCACCCAGUAUUACCAAAGUCUAAGAUGAUAAUGGAAGUGUCUUAGAUAAAGUAUGUUUGCAAUACAAAAGUAAAUUCUAGCAUUCUUUGAUUUACAUAGUAAAAGUAAAUCCGGUACACUUCAAUUAGUAUGAUAUGUGAUAAAUUACAAUUCGUAUGAUAUGUUACGAAUUGCAAUUCUUACAAUAUGUUAUGAAUUUUCAAAACGUAUGAUAUGCUACGAAUUCCAAUUUUUUUGCUAGGCUAGGCGUUAGGGUUAAGGUUAGGUUAGCUAGCAUGCUAAGUAGUUGUAAAGUAGCUAAAAGUCAGCAAGUAGUUGCAAAGUUGCUAAUGAGCUAAAAUGUUAAAGUUGUUUGUGAUGAGAUUCGAACGCGCACAUUUUGGGUUGCUAGACGUUCGCGUUAUGCAACCACGCAUCCACCCCGAACAACCACCCUACACGUAAACUUCUGUCUUAUGUAACCAUACCAAACAUAACAUAUCGUACUCAAUUGAGUGUUCCGGAUUUACGUUGACUAUGUUACUUCAAGUCUAUGAGAUCAGGUUGAUGAUUCACACACCAAUAUAUUUACACUAGGGUGGGAUACACUUUAUAUAUCCAGAUGAGUGUGAAGCUAACAUCUGGCACAGUUACAUACAGCGCCAUAUGGCAGCAAGCAGUGAGCACAGUUUUCCGAUGUGUAACUUACAUCCGAAACAUUAGUCAGUUUUUACGUUUUUGAUUUCUUGAAUUUGAACAAAUAACCAUGUUUUGAAAUAUCAUACAGUAUACUUGGGUCAUUUGAUGAAUUGUGGCAUAAUUUUUCACCUUUUUAAAAUCUAGUCAAUCUAAUUCUGAUCAACUGCUUCUAUUUGAGAGAAUAACUCUUGAAAAUGACUCCACUCUACCUUGGCAUUGUUGGUCAAUGACCUGAGAAGUAGAAGAGAAAGUCCUACGAGUGUAUGCAAAAAAUGCUUGCAAUUACAUCUGUGUCACAAUACCCUUUUUCAAAGUUAUCAUCUUCUGUUUAGCAGAAGAUGUAAAACCUCUUGCUCUCUCAGGGCAGUAAGAUGACUUGCAUGUGGAAAUAUAAUACCAAAUAUUAGUCGCUCUGCAUUACAUGGCCGAAAGGUGUUAAUCUCUGCCAGUGUAUUGUGUAACUCACACAAGGUUUGAUUACUCAUGAUAUAUUCCUUAUAUAAUAUAUUAUGACAACAUAGAGUACUGUACACAUAGAAAACAAUACAUAGAUUUUCACUAAUGGAAUAGAGAUAAAGUUUGAGUAUUAUUGAGGUUCCGUCCCAAAUGGCACCUGAUUCCCUAUACAGUGCACUACUUUUGACCACCCUAUGGGUUGCAUAUAGGGAUGCUGGGAAUACGGUGCCACUUGGGACGCAUCCUGAGUGUUGUGACCUAAUGCGUAGUCAUCUGCCAUCGCCUCCAGGCUUACUCCCACCGAGGUCGUUAACCUUCUCUGAGGUGGCCGCCAGGAGCUUCAGAGCCACUUGGGACACCGAUGCCCUCAAUGUCCUGUCCUACCUGAUCCAGUUCAGACCGGCUGCUGACAUCAAUGGGGACUUUGUGUCCAUGUCCUUGCCCGGGGACACGCUCACCACUCUGCUGCCUCACCUCACGCCCGUCACCCGUUACGAAGUCAACGUCUUUGCCCAGUAUACCCAAGGAGACAGCUUCCCUCUGAAUGGAUUCGAGACCACACUAGAUGGUCAGUACCAUCAGACCAACAGAUAAAGAAUUUGAUGCCAAUGCCUUAUCUUCUGUUCUAAUAUUUGUAUGACCUCUAAAUUCCUUUUGACCUCUAACCCCACCAUCUUUGUUGCAGAACAAGGACCAGUGCGUAACCUGAGGGUUUCCGAGGAAAUGACAGAUAGUUUCCGGGUGUCGUGGGCGGCAGCGCCAGGGGCGGUGGUACGGUACCGUCUGACCUAUGUACCAGUCAGGGGCGACAGCACAACACUAGAGACAGCCACCGUCGGCGAUGAGACCACCAUCGUGCUGUCGGAGCUCUUCCCCUUAACAACGUACCGUGUGAUGGUGGCUGCAGAGUACCAGUCAGGCACUGGUGCUGAGAUGAAGAUCGAUGGCACCACCAAAGAAGGUGACUAGAUCUCUGCUUAUGUUACGGGCAUCACUGCGCUUGCUUAAUAGUAUAGCUUACAUCCCUGUCCCUCACUGUGCUCGAACUAGGCCUCCUCUUGCAAUCAAAGAUCACCGCCCGCUUGACAACGUCUUAGCCAAUUAUGCUAUAGGAAAGCUAUUUGAGACCUUUCAUGCUGGGGACUGAGGCUAGGAAUCAUACUCUCUUAUACCAUCCCUCCAGGGGUGUGAACUGAACAUGCCUGCCUUUUGUUUCUAACAAAGUGUUUAUUUUUUUUAACUUCAUGUUCUACUGAGCUAAUAUUCCAUCCAAAAUGACUGUGUCAUUAUAUUUUGGCGGGAAGACAUCACAAAGGGGUUGCAAUCUAAGGGGGGGAUUUUUUCGAUGCAUACCAAAGGUGUGUGUGUGUGGGAUAUGUGGUGAAAUAAUGCCCAGUAAUGCUGUAGUUUACAGCGCCGGAGCCAAAGGAGCAAGGGAGGCUGACAGAAAUAAACAAAAAGUUACUCCUAUUCACCACGGCAACCACAUUCUUCUCAGUGAUUAUUAGCUCUCAGAGCAGUUAGUGCCCGUGGACGUUCCAGCUCCUUUAAAUAAGGCAGCUGUUUAUUUCCAGAGCCAUGAAAUGGAUAGAACGUAUCCCAGCCUGUGCCUCUGGCUUUCACCACCCAGCUGUUUCAGAGAUGGAUUUAUGUUUUUUCCUCAAUCUUCUUUAAAAUGUUGCCCUUAUUGUGCUAUGUGCCUUUCCAAAAAUCUAAAGGUUUCUGUAAUUAUAUGACUUAAGAUUUGCAUUAAUGAAGACUUGUGGUCUUUCCAAUCUGUCUUGUGUAAUAACAGACUAUAAUCAUACUAUAUUGGACAGACACCUCAGUUAAUUGGUCAAAUGCCAUAGCCUACACUGUGCACAACGACUUCAACUUUGAUUGGCUCCUCAUUGACAGCAUAGCUUUUCCUGCCUCUUGUCUUUCAGCACUGGGAUCUCCACGUGACCUGCAGGUCUUUGACGAGACCGUGUCCACCAUGAAGCUGUCGUGGGCGGCGGCACCGGGCCGCGUCCUCCAGUACCGUAUCAAUUUCCGUCCUUCGGCGGGUGGCGAGAAGAAGGAGGUGUCGGUGAAGGGAGGGAACACCAACACCCUCCUGAAGAACCUGCAGCCUGGCACUGAGUACGAUCUGGCGGUCAGCGCACGCUACUCCUCUGGCCUAGGAGACCCUCUGGAGGGGAAAGGAACCACACUGGAAGGUAAAGCAGAGCGUUCCUAAAAUUGGUACAUUGGAGUGCAGCUAGAGUGGUGUUUGUGAGACAAGGGCGGAUCCCGAAAAACAGUUAUUCUCACAAAAACGUCUGUAAAGUCAGAACGGUUUGAACUACAAACUAUUAUGACCUCACUAUGAAAAGCUGAGACUCGAAUACGCUCUAUAUAAUGUUCACAAGCCACACAAAAGUCGUUAGAAGGUAAGGGGUUCUUCUACGAAGAUCAUAGGAAAUCCCAGGACAUAGUAUCUAUAAUACUGUAAUAAGCUCACAUAGUUGCUGUCACAAACUCCACAUAGUUGUCACUGACUAGCUGAAUAUUCAUUUCCAGAGAAUUUUUUUUGUUGUACUUUUAGCAUUCUUAUAAAUUCAUUUAUUUAUCAGGUUUUUGCUUGGCAGACCUUUUUUAAAAAUUGACAUUUGUCAAUAAAACUCAUGAAUGCAACUGUUGUGUUCUACUUGUAGCCCUGGUUGUCCUGAAAAUAAAAUAGUAUACAACUUCAAUGUGAGGUUAAAUAUGAGGGCAGAGCAAGCAGAUGAAUGAAGUAGUGAAUUUCAGCUUUUUCACUGUGCGAAUCCCUGGGACCAAUUGGGUUGGACAGACAGCAAUGAAAGAGAGAGACAGCUUUAGCGUCAGCCAUCUGGUUUUCCUAUAGCUGUUUUAGUCAGCUCAGCUCCAUCCCUCUGGAGGCUGGAGAUCAUGUUGUGUGCUUGUGUUGUGGCUGGCGGUCAAGCUGUUUGCCCCGGAGCGCUGCCACAAUAACACAGCUACUGUAUCCCACCUAGUGGUGCUCACCUAGUUCUUUACUAGCCACUGUGGCUCACCGUCAAUGGAAUGGACUUUGAAGUGGCAUCAGAGCUGACAUAAAGCAGAAUCACUAGGCUCUGUUAGACUGUUUUGCAACAGUCAUACAUGCAAUGCAGUAGGAAGGAACAAAAGAGGAGUCUUAUGCUGAGAACAUCUCAUCCCUUUUGUCUUUUCCACUUUGUCUUCCCUUUUACAUUAAUAAAACAACGCCAAGAGCUUGACGUUAGCCAGCCUUCCUUCUCCAGGCUUUGGACAGUGGUGCAUAUUUGACUGGACCUUGACUUGGUGCUGCUGGUGUGACUGGGAAUGGGCCAUGGUCCUAGAAUGUGUCUGAGCCUGUCAUGGAGGUUGGGCCGACUGGGAGAGGCCCGAGCCCCUGCCGGCCGACUUUCUUCUCUCCUGAGGGACGUGGAGGAGUCGCAGAGUCUCUGAGUUAGUUAGUUCGCUGACACAGCAUCUGGGACUCUCUCUGCUUUCACUCACACCGCCAAGCUGACACACACUGAACACUUUGUGCUGGGCUCCGCUGGAAGGCUAGGAACUCAACCACUGGGAAGAACCUAUGGUAUGUUUCAACCCUUAACUGAAAACAGUGGAAUUACUGGAUUUGGUGUGUUGGAAGUUCUCCCACUGUAACAAUGUUGUGUGAAUUCCUAAAACAAAACUGACCAAUAGUGAAAUAUUGUAGAAAGCACGUACUGUAAUGAACAAGUCAUUGAUGAAUACGUAUCUAGCUGCGCUAGGACCGAACAAGUCCUUAUAAACAGAGCGAAAUACAAUAAUUUUAGUCCCAGUGAGGUAGUGGGGAUUUGGAGUGAUGUUGAACAGGGGAGUCCAUGUUGUGAUUAUUUGUCAGGCCCUAUGCCUGGACACCCUUAAGGGGUAGUGGACCCACGCCCUGCUCAGGACUGCGUCCCAAAUGGCACCCUAGUGCACUAUAUAGGAAGUAGGGUGCCAUUUUGGCCGAACCCUAGGCCUGCCUAUGGGGUGGCCGUUUCUGUGGAGUGUCCAGUUUGGCCAGCAACACACUCCAGCACAGCUCUGGUCCCUAUUGGGGGAAAAUUACUUCUGACUUGGAGUUCACAUUCCUUUUAUUCUCACACUGAGGCGGUAAAUCGCCUGAGAAUACUGCACGUUUCCCCCCUCUAAUUGAAUCUUUCGAUGUGGUAGGAGGAGGACAGAGUAAUUGUAACAAAACAAAUGAAAGAGGAAAAGUGAUGAGAUAAUGAAUGUUAAAGACAGAGGAGGCAUAUGGAAAGUGUUACCUGUGAAAAUACUUCAAAGCUGUGUUGACGCUGGUCACCUCCAUACUGAGCACUCACCAUCCACUUUCAUCAGGGAGUGGUGAUGAUUAGGAGCCAAGACUGUGCCGGGAAUCAAAAAGAACCAAAGCGAAGCAUGGAAAUUAAAUCAACCACGAUCAUAAAGGAGGUUGCAGGCCAAGUCAAGAGGUGGUCUACUUUUACUGUGACUCAGGCUCUGUAGUUGUAUAGUUGUCUUCUUUUAGGAUAGAUAGCACCUUAGAAUCCCCCCUCUCAAUGAGCUGAACGGUUCCUCCCUCCCCUAUCUGGCAUUUGUCCGAGUUUAUAAAGGAUUCCAGCUGCUGUUGUCUGACCCUUAGGGAUGUCAUUAAGACAAACAUGCAGUGGGAAGACUGCACUUCAGGACCUGCACUCUCCCUUCUAUUGGACCAGGGUCUAAAGAACAUGAAAACAAGGUUCAGACUUCAAACAUAAAGCUACAGCUUGUUUUGACUGUGGUACUGAACUUUUAGGCUCUUUUGGCUUAAUAUCAGUGCUGGAUACAAAUGCACAGCAGAUUUCUCCGCCGGAUAGAGUUUUGUCUUGAGCGUAGGACAUUGCAAUGUGCUUGAUAUUUCAAGGCUAUUUAGAAUUUCAAAGGCCUGAACAAAAUCAAUCCCGCCUGAUGUUGGGCGGCUACGGUGAUUGCAGAUAAAGUAGAACAGUGUAUAUAUUUUGUUACGUUUCAACAAUUGAUUCAUUUGAGUGGCUUAACAUUGUUAUUAAAUGUUAUGCAGGCAGCCAUAUUCUGAAAAUAUUCUUUAGAGAGAAAUGGUAAGUAGUGUUUAAAAGAAAGAGAGAGGGAGUGAGCAUGUGUCAAAGCCUAGAGGAGUGGGUGUUGAAUUUACUGUGGUUUUGUUCAGUUUUGCCUCAUAAUGGGCUGUGGAAAAAUAGGGUUGAGUGGGUUUCAGGCCGGGCCGCUGAGCGCCAGAUUCCAUGCGAGAGCCGCCUGUGACUUGAUAUUUAGAAAACCUCCAGACUCCCUUCCAGACGUUGAAAAUGAGAGCUUGUCCACAGAUAAAAAAUGUCCAUGGAGAGGUCCCAGCUAAUGGCGGCUGCUGCUGCUGUUCCUCUGUGAUGGAGACGGAGAGCCUGCCCAUGUGGACUGAGGCAGGACAUGUCCAGUAAAAUUAAGGAAAUGAGAAUUUAGCCGGGACUGGAAUGGGUUACUUCAGAGGAAUAUUAUGUUUGAUAGAUUAUUUUUGGCGUGGCAGUUGGAAAGACUUUUCCUGAAAUCAGACACAGCUUACUUGUUGAUCUAUACAAUUAAACACAUGCUUAAAGUUAACAUCUCUCCCCCUACAAUUUUGUGUCUGAAAAAAGCCCCAAAUCUUUCUUUCCCCCCUGAAGUAUAACAGUACUUCCAUAUGUUUAUUUUUCAAUAUGAAAGAGGAAACAUGUUCACAUGUUGAGUUGAUGGGGAACCGGACGUUUGCAUUUAUCGGUUAGCUUGUUUGGCUUUAGUGGUAAGAUGAGAAAACAACUAAACGUAAAUGGUUUAAGUCAGAAUCUGCUCGAUGUACUUGUGGUGGCAUGGUCAGAUUGGUCACGUGUCUUACCAGUAAAUAUCCACCAGUAGUCCUUGCUCUGGGCUAUCCUAAAAUGAUUAAGAGAGUCUGUCUCGGAUCCACCACACUAUGAACCGAACAGAGUUUUUGAUGAUUGCAUGAAAAUGUCAUCUUGUAUCUGGAGAGUAAUACUGGCUGUGGUCCACUAUAAUCAGUUGACUGUGCAGUGGACUAUCCAUUACAAUCCCAAUAUGUCCAUUGGCAGAAAGUUAAGUAUUGUAUGUCUAAUGGCUACUCUCUGUUACAUUGUAGUUAUAUUGUUUAGUUGGAUCACUUGACCAGACAUUUUUCAUUAUUAUCAUAAACAGACAGACACUACUAUGCAAUGUUUUACCUCUAUUCAACUCAUGACCAAUGAGGAUGAGGGUGUGUUCAUUGGGCGCCAGUGGCACAGAGUGAUGCAAAAUGAAUGCGCCCAAUGUAACAAAUACAAUGGAGAUGCAGAUUGUCACCGCCAUUCACAAACCCCAGUCAUCUCUAAAGUCCCUAUAGACUGCAGGUUCUGUGCAGCAUAAGCUCCAUGUGUCUUAUUGCAGUAACAUGAGCCAUAUGCACAGGAAAUUAGUUUUGGUCUUGUUUAAUGAAACAAAUCUAUAUGUUAUGGUCAACAGGCUUCCCUUGUCUGCUUUAUCAGUUAGGAACGGUGGUGAGAUCACAAAACAUGACCAUACUCUACCAUAGACCCAUAGCUCCUGUCAGUGUCCUCCCUCCCUCCCUCCAUCCAUCCAUCCAUCCAUCCAUCCAGUAUGUGAAGCAUAUGUGCACUGUUGAGCUUUAGUCUAUUGGGAGUCUCUUAUCAGUCAGCCCAUAUGUGACAGGUCCAGUCGCAGUGAGAGGCAUGUUUGUAAUCCUAGGUAAGCCAUCUGAAAUGAAGGACAUCAGGGUUCAAACAGAACCCAGUACCGCAGGUACCUGGCUCCAUCUUUGAACCUCCGACUGAGUUGCUUCACAGAUUACUGUGUGGUCACUCUGUCUGAAGUUGGACCUCUUGAUGUCUCUCGGGACAGAUGUGUAUAUGUCUGCUGCUCUUAUGUCUUUAUAGAUGUGACUAGCUGUGCAACUAUGCUGUCCGCUGGGCACAGGUUUCAAUAUUUUCCAUUUUGAGUAAUCCAAUUGGCCAGAUGCAGUCAGACAAAAUGGAUGCUUAGAUACAGCUGGUGUGUGGGGAUUUGUCAAAGGCACUGAAUAUCUAUGUUGUUUGCAAAAGUGCAUAAUGUUUAUGGUUCUAAGCACCCUUUUUACUUGUUUACACAAGAGGAUUUAGAGUUGAGCAUGUUCUCUUCCUCUACUGAGAAGUGCAUAAGGGCCUAUCCAGAUAGUGUUGGAACGUUCAUUGACUAUCAAUAACCAACCACUGUAUCGUGUAUCCUCUCCCAAAUCCUCACCCAGAAAUCUGAUCCAUUUCCUCCGUGUUUGUUUCAGAACUGGGCUCCCCCAAGGACCUUGUCACCAGCGACGUGACUGACACCAGCUUUGCGGCAUCUUGGACGGCUGCCCUUGGGAACGUUAAGAUGUACAGGAUCCGCUGGAAGUCCUUGUACAGUGACGAGUCAGGGGAGAAGACGGUCCCUGGAGACGUCACCGACACUGUCCUGGAUGAUCUGACCCCUGAGACCCUCUACCAGGUGUCUGUCCUGGCCGCCUACGGCAGAGGAGAUGGAGACCCACUGACUGGACAGGAGACCACCGAUGGUAAGACUUAUUACACAUCAUCCUCCGUUCACUCUGUCUGUGGCCAGGGAAAGGUCUCAGUGUUAGACGUCAGAGGUGGACACAAUGGGUGCACCCCAAAUUGCACCCUGUUCCCCAUAUAGUGCACUACUUUUGACCAAGGCCCUUAUGGCUCUGGUCAAAAGUAGUGCACUAAGUAGGGAUAGGGUGUCAUUUGGGAUGCAUUCAAUGUCUCAUCACUGCUAGGGAUUACCAUAUUAAUGAGUCACUGAAGUGGUGUUAGUUGUGGAGGUUUGGAGGUAUCCAUGAAGCGUUUUGUAGAUCUGUAGAACAGUUUGAAACUCUUACUGGGCCAUCACAUUAAUUGUCAUACAAUGCCACUAUGCCAGUGCCAAGAUUAUGAGGGAAAGAAUUUAACAAAUUGAUAAAAUAUUAAAAUAUUCCAUUCCAGUGCUCAUCAUCGUCACUCUUUUGUCUUGGUGUUGGGUAUUUUGGAAAAAGUUCAUUUCUAAGACUCCCUUUUAAGCUGUGGUUUGCAGUGGAAAGCAGAGGUGGUGACAGUUAUUAUGCAUUAUGUGUUCUAGAAUCUAAGAUAACGUCACUUUUGUAGAGGGGAACAUGUGUCGGCGCAUGGUGUAAUGUGUCCUGUAUGCUGCCUGUUAGUGUGCCUGGGAGCAGUAUUUAGACACACUCUCAAAUCGACCACACAUCCCUCUAUCCUACACAUGGGAAAUCACAUUGAUGGAAAUGUCCUCAAACACUUGGGGAACCAGUGCGAUGGUUUGAUUAGACACUUGUAGAUAUGGAAAGCCAUUUAGUUUAUUGACUCUGGCAGGCCAAGUCAAGCAUAUUUUGAACAGAAAACAACCUUGAGACAUUCUCAGGAGACCUCACCUUUUCAUAUCCGUGCUUACCUCAUUACGCUCGCACAGCGGAACCAAUGGAUCUCCGGUAACAGGGUCACAGGUCCAUUCAGGUCAAUCAACACAUUGGGAAGUUGGAGGUCAUGUUUUGUUCCGCCAAUAACAAUCCUCCCAGUGAACGAAUGAAGGCUAGUGGUCUGACUUUUUUUCCUGGGAUCAUUAACUGUUUGGAGGAUUGCCUUUGGUUUGACUUCUUGCGUGCAGAAAUGGUGGAACGAAUACACCUUAUUACAUGGUCUAUGGAGCUUAUCUUCAUUCACAAUAGGGGAAAGGGAAAGUUAAAGGUCCAAUGCAGCUGUUUUUAUCGAAAUAUCAAUUCAUUUCUGGGUAUCAAUUAAGUACCUUACUGUGAUUGUUUUCAAUUAAAAAGGUAAAAAAUAAACAAAAAUAGCUUCUUAGCAAAGAGCAAUUUCUCAAGCAAGAAUUUUGCUAGGACUGUCUGGUAGCUGUCAGAGUGGGAGGGAUAUAUUACCUAUUGGCAGAGCGGUUUGAAACUCUCUUUGUUAUUGGUCUAUUGACUUAUACCGCCUGGUGAUGUUGCUAGGCAGUCCAAAACUCCAUACCACCAAAAUAGGCUGAAAUUUCAGGCGGACUUUUCAAACAGCUCUUACACUAAAAGGGCAUUAUCAUAAUUUUCACAAUUUCACAGUAUUAUUCCAACCUCAUAGUGUGGAAAUAUAUAUACAACACAGGAAAAUCAUGUUUUUGACUUCACUGGGCCUUUAACAUAAACAGAUUUGGGGAUAUGAGUCAAACUUUUUUUCUCAACAUCCUCCUCUCUGUCCUCAGUGUCUGCUGCUGCUAAGGCUCUGACUGUGUCCGAUGAGACAGAGCGAAGCAUGAAGGUAACGUGGAUGGCGGCACCGGGUAAAGUCAUCAACUACCGGGUGACGUACGCACCCACCGACGGCGGCAAAGAGAUGUUUGCCAAGGUUCCUGGCACCUCCACCUCCACUGUGCUGAAGCGACUGACGCCCAUGACCACUUAUGACAUCACGGUGCACCCCAUCUACAAGCGGGGAGAAGGAAAAGCAAGGCAAGGAGUAGGAACGACACGUACGUUGGUCCAUAAUUCAACCCCAUGAGAUGAGAAACAGUAGGGUGCAGUGGCAAACACUGUGGGAGUGGGGCAGGUGUCCUUUCACUAAGGACACCUCAGACACUUGGUUAAUACACACAUAUAAAGAUCUUACCACUAACUAACACAUGGCAUGACAUUGGGUUCUUAGACACUGGAAUGGCACCCUAUUCCCUUUGUAGUGCACUACUGUUGAUGGGUGCCCAUAUGGCUCUGGUCAAAAGUAGUACGCUAUAUAGGGCAUAGGAUGCCAUUUGGGACGCAUGCUGGGACUCAAGACUUGUAUUAUGGACUAAUGAGAAACUGACUGGAAUGUGGGUUGGCUGAUCUCAAUGAAAAAUGACUAGCUUUGCCAAAGAUGAAGUUACGAUCUUUCUUCAUGAGUUUGAACUGAUAUGUUUGCUCUGUUUGUCCUCUUGUAGUGUCACCCUACAAAGCUCCCAGAAACCUGAAGACCUCAGACCCCGGCAAGACCAGCUUCAGAGUCUCCUGGGACGCAGCCCCUGGAGAUGUGCGUGGCUACAAGGUCACAUUCCACCCCAGUGGCAAUGAUAUUGACCUGGGAGAGCUGCUGGUUGGGCCCUAUGACAACACUGUGGUGCUAGAGGAGCUCAGGUGAGAGACAGGAAGUUAUUAUCUUGUGUCUUGUGACAUUGGCUGCGUCCCAAAUAGCACCCUAUUCCAUAUAGUGCACUACUUUUGACGACAGUCAUUUGAGUCUCAUCUCUCCCUCUCAUCAGGGCCGGAACAAAGUACUCUGUAGCAGUGUUUGGAAUGUUUGAUGGAGGCCAUUCUGCUGCACUAGCUGGAGAGGAGAAGACUACCCUCUCCGAUGCACCUGAAGUCGCUUUGGAACCUUGGAACGGUAAAACCUUACAAUACCAUAACGUAACCGAAAAACAGACAUUUGUUGCAUCCUAAAGGGACACCUCAUUUCCUAGAUUUUGACCAGAGCUGUGCACUAUAUAGGGAAUAGGGCGCCAUAUGGGAUGCAGCCAUAGAACAACCACUCGGAUAGACACACAGACCAAACCACAGACACAGUGUCCCAGCCAUAGCCCAUCUCUGUUCCCAUCUGCAUUAGUAGAGCAGAGGAGCGGCUUUCCCACUGCGAGAAAUACAGUAUGACACUAAUUAUCCCAUUAUAGGGAAUUAUGUGUCUGUCUAAACUAAUCCACAUCACAAGCACAUUGGAAUAAAGCACCACAUUACACUGCCAUCGAUUCUAAUGAGUACUAAUCACUUAUAGCUGUUUGGCACCAAUGGCCUUUUUUCUGCCUCAUAUCAUAUUAAAGGCGCUUUCACAUAUCUCCUAAUGAUCUGGAUCCUGGAGCGUUUGGUACCCUGAUCCGCGCUUUAAAGCAUGUGUGAAACGCAAACGAACCCUGGCUGGAACUAAUCCUGGACCUGCGUGAGCAGCGGUUCUAAGAUCCAGGACCAGAGUACCAGGUACUGUGACGCGGCAGCGCGAGUCGGGUGGAACUUUUUUGCCCGUUAUAAACAAGCUAGCUCGCUAACGUCAUGUAGAAUGUGCGUCUUGCUAAUCGCGCCGAGAAACUAUUAUUUUCGUGUCUUGUGAAAGCAAAACAUAUUCUGUAGAAUUCUCACAAACGCUCCAGGAAACCGAACCAGGGUACCACAUUUCAUAUGGUACCAUACUUUUCAUACUUAUCACGCAUGGUGAUAAGUGAGACAUUAUGAUAUUUUUAGGAUUAACAUUAUGUGUGAUAUGUUUUGACCUCCAGUGUAUGAGUACUUACACUCCCCCCACAACCCCAAACGUUCAGCAUGCCAAACCUAUUUGUGUAUCUGUUGCCACAAACAAAUAUUGCCCAUUUGACCCAGCAGCCAUAUUGUUUCUUCCUUAAUCCUUCUUGACAUGCAAAAGUUAAUAUUUCUAAUGGAGUAAUGGAAAAACAUUCCUCUGCUUUUAAUUAGAGAUGUUUUACAACCAGGAGAGUACACAGUGCACCCGGGCUGCCGCGGAGCAGAGCUCCAUGCGGCUAGGAAAAUGUUUCUCAUAUAAGACCCUUAGAGAGCUGCUGACCCUGGGCCGAAAUUCCUAUCAGUAAUGGGGAGCAGACACACUGACACACAGUGACACACUGCCCACCGCACCGAUCAGAGUAGAGCGAGGGACGUUGCAAUCCACCAUGACCAGACUUAAGUCGUUACACGCACACAUACGCACACACCAUAGACACAAUGGGUGCUCACCGCUAACACUAAAACUACCUCAGCUCUGGCCACUGACCAGUGGUUUGGCCCUUGUGUUUAAUAAUAAUAAUAAUUUAGUCUCCCCGGCUCAGAGGAUGGUAGAGUCUGUUGGAUACUUACUGUAAGCAUCAAGAGCAACAGUAGUAGAGACAAUUAGAACUAGAAUUACACUAUAGACGAACUGGAGAGCUAGUCACGCCUGUAAAUUACCACAUACUAGCCAGCCAACAUUGAUAGAUUCAUCUAUUUGCUUUAUGUAUUUGCUUAAUGUAAGACACUGUAUCCCCUGAUGCAUUGUACACAAUAAAGUCGGUGCCAUCUGUGCUUUAUCAGACGCCUCUACAGUGUCUUACUGUCUCAGUUGAUGACAGGUGGUUUUGUUGGGGAAUGUCUCAUAGAUUUACAUUGAGCUUACAAGGGUUUUGUUUACCCGCAUUGUGUAACUCAAACAAACUGCUUCCAUAUAUAACCAGAUACACAUUUUACGAGGGGCGAUCCCCAACACAUCGUCAAGCACCUGUUUCUCCAUGCUGCAGUAAAGAAAGUGGGUAAAUAUUUGUUUUCUCUUCUAACCUGUUUUCAAUUGCAGAUACAGUGGCAGAUUGCAUAGCGCCAUGUCCGAACGACUCAGUGCAUCUGGGUCCUUUUGCUCGGCUGCAGGACGAGCGAGCAACCCUCUUUCGCCCCCACAGGUGUCAAGUAGCGAGCAUAGCAGGAAUGUGCAAUAACUCAAGGAGAGGAGUCUCUCGUAUAUAAUCUGUCAGCUGGUUGCUCUUGUUGUUCAGGGGCAGGGGACAAACCCAAUGACGGAAACCCCACAAGCAUCCCGAAGUGCCUGGCCACAAAAGGCCUUUUGGAUAUACAACAGGAUUGACACAGAAGAUAAAAAAAGAAGAGGGACCCCCAGGGGAAAGAAAAUAGUUGCUCCUCCCGCAAGAGAAAAAUACUGCUGCAAAACGUUGAAGAUUGUUUAUUGUAGAAACAUUAUUGUAUAGUAUGUAUAGUUUUUCAGUGUAGUUAUUGUGAUAUUUGUAAUGCCUUUCUGCCUCCUGCUUGAUGUAGUCUGUAUUUGGUGUGUGCGUGUCUGUCUGAAAGUGUUUGAGUUAUUAUUCUGUUGUUCUUUGGCACCCCUCUCCUCGUCCCUUCCUACACACAUCCUCUCUUCUAUCACACUAUACGGACUGUACUAAGUGGACACAUCAGAGGGGUGUCCAUGGUAUCAGGCCUCCCUCUCACGGCCCUCUCCUCCACCCCUUACAGAAGCCAAGUGUAAGAGCCAGGCCAAGGCUGACAUCAUCCUGCUGGUCGAUGGCUCAUGGAGUAUUGGCCGUCUGAACUUCAAAACCAUCCGUGCCUUCAUCGCUCGCAUCGUCGGUGUCUUUGACAUCGGCCCUGAGAGAGUCAUGAUCGGUAAUCUUUUUUUAAAAUCAAAUUCCAUUGGCAAUGUGUACGAUGGCAUAGGUUCAUCACCCAACUCAAUUGAGUUUGAUCUGGACUUGAUGCCGUAAUUGGAAAUCAAUGUUAUGUUCUGAUCAAUCACUUUGAUUGGAGGUAGGUAUAGAGUCUCAUGCUGUGUUGUGUGUGUGUCUCCAGGUAUGGUUCAGUACAGUGGAGACCCCAAGACUGAGUGGCAUCUGAAUGCCCACCCAACCCGUGAUGGGCUGCUCAAAGCUGUGGCCGACCUGCCCUACAAAGGGGGAAACACCAUGACAGGUGACGUAUCAUCAAAUUAAAGGAUAACUCCUAGCUGUCAUGUGAUUUAAUAACCUAACCUAACUUAACUUACCUUAACUUAAAUUAACUUCACUUAACCUAAUCAUGAUAAAGGUCCAAUGCAGAUGUUUUUAUCUCAAUAUCAAAUAAUUUCUGGGUAACAAUUAAGUACCCAGUGUGAUUGUUUUCCUUGAAAAUGGUCAAAAAUAAACAAAAAUAGCUUCUUAGCAAAGAGCAAUUUCUCAACUAAGAAUUUUGCUAGGACUGUCUGGGAGUGGUCUGAUUGGGGAGGGGAAAACUGAAGACUAGCUGUUAUUGGCAGAGAGGUUUGGAACUCUCUUCCUUAUUGGUUUAUUAACUAAUUUACCGCCUGAUGAUGUCACCAGGAAGGCCAAAACUCCAUCCCAUCAAAACAGACUGAAAUUUCAGGCGGUCUUUUCAAACAGCUCUUACACUAAAAUGGCAUUAUCAUCAUUUUCACAAUUUCACACCAUUAUUCCAACUUGUGGAAAUUAUGUAAAGUGAUAUACUGGACUGGGCCCCUAAACAAUCUCUAUAAUGUAUCUCUGUAGGUAUGGCCUUGAACUAUAUCCUCACAAACAACUUCAAGACCAACGUGGGACUGCGUAAGGACUCGCGCAAGAUCGGUGUGCUCAUUACUGAUGGCAAGUCGCAGGACGAGAUCAUCACCAACUCCCAGGUGCUGAGGGAUGAGAACAUCGAGCUCUACGCCAUCGGUGGGUGACCCUCCUAGUGUAUAACCCAAAAUCUGUCAUGGUUCAGUUAAUCGUCAGGUCGUAACCAUGUCAAGUGAAAACAGACAUUUUACAAUGAGCAGGUUUUCAACGCUUGGACUGUAUGAAAAACAGACUGUUAAAAAGUAUUUUUGUCCAGACCCCACAUAAGUAAAUAUUGUGGUGUUGUGUGGCUUUUAGGUGUGAAGAACGCUGAUGAGAAUGAGUUGAGGUCCAUUGCCUCAGACCCAGAUGAGAUUCACAUGUACAAUGUGAAUGAUUUCUCCUUCCUGCUAGACAUAGUGGAUGAGCUCACCAUCAACCUCUGUAACAGUGUGAAGGGUCCAGGUAAGGCCAUCUCUCUUUAAUUCUCUCUCUCUCUUUCUCGCUCUCUCUAAUUAUCUAACUCUUUCACAAUCACUGAGAGAAACAUGGAUUUGUGAAGCAAUGCUCAACUUAAAAUGUUGCUAUUGUAAAAUUAUUCUCCUGAGUCAAGCUGUGUAUUCUACUUGAUGCAGCAGUUAGGGGUCUUUCUAAUCUAAGAUGCCAAAAGCAGCACAGAUGGCAUCAGAUGGCGGAGAGCAGACAUUAAAAUGCAAUUGAGUCUGUCACCCAGAACAUGCUGUACUGAUCUCUCCCAUCAGUUGCAUAAAUGGAUUAGCAUUGAAGAUGGAGAAUAGCAAUAAGAGCAGCAUGAUUGAUGAGAAAAGCCAAUAAAAAGGCAGAUCGAACGCCAACACUUUUUUUGUCUCGAAGUUUGCCUAAAACACUUGAUAAAUGGAGUUUCUUGACUUAUGUUACAUAAGGUCCACCCAUUUGAUGGAAACUUUAGUUUUUUUGGACGCACUCUUGUCCUUAAAUCAAAUUUAGGAAGAAACACAAUAGUGAUUUACUACACGGGGAGGGAAACUAUUUCCUAAAGAAUACUUUUGUGAUAUAUAGAAACAGCCCCAACAGUCAGUGAGGCUAAGGUGUUCAGGACAGAUUUGUGAGAGUGUUCAGUGUGUGAAAUAUUUGAUGUGUUUGCUCACAUUCCCGCCACUUCUCGUCCAGGGGGCCUAGACCCGCCCACUAACCUGGUGACCUCCGAGGUAACCCACCACUCAUUCCGUGCUACCUGGACCGGGCCUGAAGGUCCUGUGGAAAAGUACCGCAUCGACUACACGGCCGUGGCGGGAGGAAUCACCGAACAGGUAAGCCUAUAGCCAACAGUACUGUAUCUCACUUACCUCACCUCUCCAAGUUCAGCUCAUCUCUCCAAGUUCAGCUCAUCUCUCCAAGUUCAGCUCAUCUCUCCAAGUUCAGCUCAUCUCUCCAAGUUCAGCACACCUCUUCAAGUUUAUUGCAUUUGAACUGAAGAGCGUCAGCUCUCACACCUGGUUUAAAUACACUCAAAAUCUGAUCAAAUCCAAGUUUAUUGGUCGCAUAAACAGUUUAACAGAUGUAGCGGGUGCAGCGAAGUGCUUAUGUUACUAGCGCCUAACAAUGCAGUAAAAUUUUAAAGUACACAAUAAUAGUAAUAAUAAUACAAAUGUAUAAAAUAAAUCAAGAAAUGUCGGAACGAAUCCAAUUAAUAACCGAAUAGCACUGUAAAAGUAAUCCAAAUGCAAUCUAUAUGUAUAUACACCGGAUUCAUUUACACAAUAUGUACUAAGAAUGGUAUGUACAGCAUUAGAUACUGUAUAUUAGAGUGAUCUAUGUCAAGAAUCCAUUAAAUAAAUAAAUAUGCGGUGUAGAAAUAAUAGAAUGAGCUAUGUCGAGAAUACACUAUUCAAACAUGCAGUGCAAAACCCCAUGGCAAAAUGGAUAGAAUUGCAGGAAAUUAGCUUCCGGACCAGAGUACCGACACCGCAAAUGUUCUACAGCCUGAACUCCUGCUCCUCUUAUAGAAUGUUAGCUCAAAAGUAUUGUGGAGCUCCUGCACCUAAAUAUAGACAGUACCAAACAUGAGUACCGGCACCUAUUUCAGUCCAAGUCAAGCACUGUAUGUAUGUGAAUGGUGUGUAUAGACAUUAUAUUAAUAGAAAAUGUGUGUACAGCAGUAGUUAUAUAGGAUGAGCCAUGACUAGAAUACAGUAUAUACAUAUAAAGUCUAUCAGUAUCAGUGAUGUGAGAAAGUUACAGAGGCGUAAAUAUCAACCCCCCCCCAAAAAACAAAUCUGGCCUCCCCUUUUAUUGGUAAUGAUGAGAAAUUAGCAUGUCUUGGGGGUAUGAUCUUUGUGCCUCUGUAACUUGCUCAAUCAUCAUUAUUCACGAUUCAUUCAUGAUUAUCCGUAAUCAUGGUAGCGUCCACAUUAAUGUAGAAGUGUUCAGAAACUUAUUAUAUUCUUAUUUACAAUAAAAGUUACUCCAAAAUGACACACUACAUUGUUUACCAUACAUUUUUAUUGGACACAACAUAAUCUGAAACAUAAUCAAAACAAACUGCAAAUGCAUCCAACUAAUUUGUAGAGUCACAAGCUUGAUGUAGUCAUUGCGUGCUAGGAAUAUGGGACCAAAUACUAAACUUUUGACUACUUUAAUAAAUAAAUUUGUCCAAAUACUUAUUACACCGUCAAAUGGGGGGACUAGAUACAUAAAGUGAUUUCAUUUGUAAACAGUAAAACAGAUAUUUAUGAAAAUACCCUCAAAUAAAAGGUGACUUUCUGUACUGUCACCUAAUAUGAAACAUUUGAUUGAAAUCCAAAAUGCUGGAGUAUAGAGCCAAAUUAAAUGUUUUGCUUCACUGUCCAAAUAAAUAUGCAGAGGCGUGUAUAACAGAGAAUUGGCUGUAUUAUUCCUUUUGUUCUGAAUUCCUCUCUCAGACCUCUAUGGUUCAUCUUGCCAGAGGUGAUCAGGGACACUUUGGCAGCGAUCUCAUUUUACUCUGUUUAUCCAGGAGUUUCUGAAGGAGGAACUGUCUUUUAUGCUGCCUAACUGGAGAUUUCACGGUUAUCGAGUGUUAUCCACAGUGAAUUGUUUGCUUAAAUACACCUAGUUAUCAUCGAUCCAUUUCAUCAUGUUGAUCUGAUUCAGUCAGAUAAAGCUCAAGUCAUUCGGCUCUCUACUCACCAUUGAGAAGUGGACCACAGUGGCUGAGGCAGACCUGCAUUCAGUUUCACUUAACCUUCUGUCACUUAUGUCCUUAUAAAUACAGGACUGGGUCUAUUCCAUGCCUUGUGCUUUCAUUGACCCUCAUCAGGGUUUGGGUGGUUCUAGUGAGCCCUGUCUGAAAGCGAGACCAAAGACUUUCCACUAGCCACAACCUAAGACCAGCACUUUAUUUUAAGCACUUUUCACGACUCCCAAAGUCACUUUACAUACACAAGAAAAUCAGCAGGAUAAAAAGCAAUAAAAUCACACAUUAAAAUAAGUAUAUAAAAGUACACUAAACAUAAGGACAGACUAACCAUGGAGAGCACUAAACAUAAGGACAGACUAACCAUGGAGAGCACUAAACAUAAGGACAGACUAACCAUGGAGAGCACUAAACAUGAUAACAGAUUAACCAUGGAGAGCACUAAAUAUAAGGACAGACUAACCAUGGAGAGCACUAAACAUGAUAACAGAUUAACCAUGGAGAGCACUAAACAUGAUAACAGAUUAACCAUGGAGAGCAUUAAACAUGAUAACAGAUUAACCAUGGAGAGCACUAAACAUGAUAACAGACUAACCAUGGAGAGCACUAAACAUGAUAACAGAUUAACCAUGGAGAACACUAAACAUGAUAACAGACUAACCAUGGAGAGCACUAAACAUGAUAACAGAUUAACCAUGGAGAGCACUAAACAUGAUAACAGACUAACCAUGGAGAGCACUAAACAUGAUAACAGAUUAACCAUGGAGAGCACUAAACAUGAUAACAGAUUAACCAUGGAGAGCACUAAACAUGAUAACAGAUUAACCAUGGAGAGCACUAAACAUGAUAACAGAUUAACCAUGGAGAGCACUAAACAUGAUAACAGAUUAACCAGGCAAGUGAACUAGACAGAGGAUAAAAGCUAAGACAACAGAGAAUCUGGGUAAGCCCGUGUGAAGAGGUGUGAAGAGGUGUUUCCAGGCUCUGUCGUAGACGGCCGCGACCGGGAGACCCAUGGGGAGGCGCACAAUUGGCCCAGUGUCGUCCAGGGUGAGGGGAGGGAAUGGCCGGCAGGGAUGUAGCUCAGUUGGUAGAGCAUGGCGUUUGCAACGCCAGGGUUGUGGGUUCGAUUCCCACGGGGGGCCAGUAUGAAAAAAAUAAAAUAAUAAUAAUAAUACUCACUAACUGUAAGUCGCUCUGGAUAAGAGCGUCUGCUAAAUGACUAAAAUGUAAAUGUGUUUAUUUAGUGUGGACUUGAAUAUGUGUAUGGAUUGUGAGGUUCUGACAUGGAGAGGGAGGGAGUUCCUGAGUUGGGGGGCUGCACUGCUAAAAGCCCGGCCAGCACAGAGGAGGUUGUUCACUACCUUUAUCAAGGCAGUUUUAGUGCAAUGCAUAGCCCGGAAGCCUCACUGGAAGUGUUCGGAAGGUUCAUGAGAGGCCAUGUGUUGAAGGGGAGGUUUGAGAUAGGCCUGCAGCUUAGACUUGUUACAUAACUUCUCCUGCUGGAAAGAGAUUAUUGGCUAUCCAUCCAUUCUCCCUCAUUUCAAAUGCUUGCAUUGGACCCCAAAAAGCUUAUUCACACAAAUAAAUCAGAUUUCACUUUCAAUUUGAUGAUAUGUGCUCCGUUCUUUUGGAUAGCUCUCUGAAAUUUCGAAGAGAGAGUAUGUGUGCAAGAAUAUGUUAGUUUUGUUUUGGGUUUCCUAAAUGUGUGCUGUAUUAGUUGGAACAUUUGCUUUUGACCUGCUGUAAUUCCAAUAUAAUCCCAUGACGAAUUUGAAACUCCUGGGCAGACUACAUCACGUAGGGGUGACUUGAGGUUGCUGUUUAUUUUCUGCUCAGCUUUUUGGAUCAUCCUCCAGUUGAAUAUACUUGGAUUUUGAGGUGGGGUUUCCUGCAUAACAACCGUGUUCCUUUUCACUCCUCAGAUGAUUGUCGAUGGGACGGUCACCACUGUGGUCCUGACCAAGCUGACCCCUCUGACUGAGUAUGUGAUCAACGUCUUCUCUGUGACCGGAGAGGAGACCAGCGAAGAGCCACUGAAGGGCACUGAAACCACCUGUAAGUGUUGCAGCUGUUCUGCUCCCUCUCCUCUCUUUUGUAUUCCUCUUCCUCCGUUUCCUCAUACAACCUCGUCCCAAUUACCCAGAGUAAACCUAGUAAUCACUUCCUGGAAAGGUGUCCCGGUUCAGCUAAUCCAAUAGCCUUAUUUGGAAGUCGAAUGACUCAGCAGAGCCUCAGUGAUACACAGGAAGUGAGAUGAGAUGAGUUUCACAAAGACGUCUGUCGGUUGCCCUUUGGGGGACAAGGAUGAUUAAAAGGGAACUUUAAUGUGGGGAUAGCACUUCAGCUCCAAAGAGUUCCACUGGUGUAGGAGCGCAUUUGUUUCAUUACGGUAUACGAUGCUAAAAGUAACUACAUCCCCUGUCCUCCAUGCUAAUUAGGCUGUUUUAAAUGGGUUGAACAUGGAUGGAAGUUAUUUAUGUUGCUCUUGGAGGCGUAUUAAACAGGCUUGUUUACACAACCAGGGAUAAAUUGGGUGUAUAUCUGAUUGUGGCAGUAAAGUGUUAAACAACAACUUCCCAUAGGGUUUCCCAUUGGAAAAUGCUCAAGUGGAGGCUUCUUAUGGGGAGAAUAACCAACGUUCUCUCAUUCUUGGCCUCAUUAAAAGUGUCUUAAGAAAACUGACAUAAUUUCACAUGAUGGUUAAAUACACAGAACUGACCGCUUUCAUUGCUCUAUUUGUACUUAAUAGUGGACGUUGUUACUUUUUGAAAUGAGUCCAUUUGAUUUUCACGGUGGAAGAUAUUUCUCACUCUCAUAAAGCAUGGUUAUUGUUUUGUCGCCCGCCCCUUGGACACCGCAAUAGUAGUGUGAGAUCACCACGGUUUCCUUUAUUUGUCAGUUUAAGCUAACACGUUGAUCAGGGGUGGAAAAAGUACUAAAUUGUCAUACUUGAGUAAAAGUACAGAUACCUUAAUAGAAAAUCACUCAAGUAAAAGUGAAAGUUACCCAGUAAAAUACUACUUGAGUAAAAGUUUACAAGUAUUUGGUUUUAAAUAUACUUAAGUAUCAAAAAUAAAUGGAAUUGCUAAAAUAUACUUAUGUAUCAAAAGUAAAAGUAUAAAUCAUUUCAAAUUCCUUAUAUUAAGCAAACCAGAUGGCACCAUUUUUUUUAAUUUACAGAGAGCCAGCGGCACACUCCAACACGAUUUAAAAACGAAGCAUUUGUGUUUAGUGAGUCUGCCAGAUCAAAGGCAGUAGGGAUGACCAGGGAUGUUCUCUUGAUAAGUGCAUGAAUUGGACCAUUUCCUUGUCAAAAUGUAAUGAGUACUUUUCAGUUCCAGGGGGAAAAAAAAUGAGUAAAAAGUACAUUAUUUCUUUUGGAAUGUAGUGAAGUAAAGGUUGGCUAAAAUAUAAAUAGUAAAGUAAAGUACAGAUACCCCCAAAAACUACUUAAGUACUUUACACCACUGACGUUGAUUGCAUCCCAAAUGGCACCCUAAUCCCUAUAAUAGUGCACUAUUCUUGACCAGGGCCCUCCUGUGUGACCGCUGCUUGUAAUCUGUUAGUGUGGCUCAGCCGUAAACACAGAGGCUGGAUGUGAUGUGGGUGGCUGGGUUGUGUUGUGGAUGUCAAUAUACUAGAGUUAGGUGGUAACUGUGGUUGUAGGUUUUCCGACAUUUCCGGAAGAUGGGCAGGGAAUCUGCUGUCCUGAUGUUAGGGUGGAGCUUGUUCCACUAUUGGGGUGCCAGGAUAGAGGAGAGCUUUGACUGGGAUGAGCAGGUCUAUAAUAUAUAAUAAUAAUAUGCCAUUUAACAGACGCUUUUAUCCAAAGCGACUUACAGUCAUGUGUGCAUACAUUUUUACAUAUGGGUGGUCCCAGGGAUCGAACCCACUACCCUGGCGUUACAAGCGCCAUGCUCUACCAAUUGAGCUACAGAGGACCACAGUCUAUAGACUACUCUCUCUCACUUUCACUCCCCUGCCCCCUCAAACACACUCUCUCUUUUCUCCCUCUAUCUCUUUCUCUGUCAUUCCUCUUACCCAGUGCCCUUGCCACCAUCGGGUAAGCUGAGGAUCACUGGUGUCACCCAUAGCGCCAUGAAGCUCAACUGGGAUGCCUCCCCGGGGAAAGUCCUCAAGUACAUCAUCACCUACAAGCCAGAGGAAGGAGAGCUCAAAGAGGUAACACUAACUAACACCAAACAUUUAAACAGGCUCCCAGCCUGUUGCUAAUAUACAUUUUUUUACUUCCUUUCAAUUUGAACGGUUUUGAAACACAAUCUCUAGCUACAGCAAUAAAUAACACUUAUGGUUAAUACCCUAUUCCCUAUUAAGCCCUAUGGGCCCUGGUCAAAAGUAGUACACUAAAUAGGGAAUAGGGUGCCAUUUGGGACACACGACAUACUGUCCUCAAGGGUCUACAGUGGUACCAUGAGGUCAAGGGAAAAGUGUUAGUUAGGAACUCAACGUUCUCUAUGAUAGCUUAGCUGUUUAGGGAAUGCCACUGAAGUCAGGGGGUGUUAUAGUAGCAGCCCUUUCAGUAGACUGGGCUCUUGACUCCAUGGGCAGGCCAGCACAAGUCGAUGUGGGGAAAGAAGCCUACUGGCAGUCAGAGAAGACCCUGGCCCCAACACCCAGCCACAGACUCAGAGAUAUAUCACUGGGUGUCACUCGUCAUCAUUUCUCACUUACAUUUAAGAGACCGCCAAGCUGUGAAGAAGCUCACAAUUGAAGUUGAAGGAGGUGUCUCCUUGGACACCCCCAAAAGAACCUCCAUAAAUGACUGAUGGAUGAGCUAUGGGUCUCCACUGGAUACAUCCAACCAGAUCCCCUCAUGGAUAACAUCUGAAGGCUGCUGUCUCCAAAGGAGCCUCUCUCUGUGGAUUUAUGUUCUAAGGUCUGCCCUGCCGAUUGCCACAGACUUUUCCUCCGCGUUACAAUUGGAGAACUAUCGCUGUUAUGGACAACUUUUUCUUGAGUUUUUCUUGAAGUAUGAAGUGGAAACUGAGUUGAAAGAGACAUUUAUCAGCAUUUCUGCUGGAAGCUUUUUGACUUCAAGGGUUUUUCCUACCAUCAAACAUCCUCUGGAAUUACACAUAUAGCCUUAGGACUUUUCUAAGGACACGUACUAUUAUUCAUAAGGCUUUUCUCAAAUGCUCUGAUGACAUUUAGAAAUAACAAGGAAAGAAAUAGUAGAGAAGAAAGGAAAUUCACUUUGGUUUAUUAACGUCAAUAUUCAAAAUGGGACUCUACAGUUGUCAAGAUUUGGAUGUUAAUGCUAUACUAGUAUCACAAAUCAUAGCUUAUGUUAAUGUUAGUAGUGGUAGUUCAUGCUAGUUCUUCAGCAAAAAUACGGUUGUUAAUUGUUUGUUGAUCCUAAAAUCCUUAUACCCCUUUUCUGCCAGGUUGAAGUCAAUGGCGAUAUAACAUCCCUGCCUCUUGCCAACCUCAUAUCUCAAUCUGAGUACGAUGUUGCUGUCACCCCAGUUUACGACGAAGGUGUUGGAAACCCAAUGCUUGGACAAGCCAUUACAGGUACACAAUCGUUUGUGUGAUUUAUCAUUUGGCUGAGGAGCAGUAGAUUAGAGAUAUGAGUGUGUCUGGAUGGUGAGAGUUGUCUGCAGAUCCUCCUUCGAUUCAGCCUCUCCUCAGUCAUUUGUCUUUCUAGAUGAAGCCACUGUUCCCUGAGGGGGUGUGUGUGUGUUAGUCUAGUUAAUUGUAUAUGGGCCUACAAACUUUGCGUGUUUGUGUGUGCCUGCUAUCACUCACUGCAUGGGGCCUUCUUCAUCAUUAAUCACAGAUGAUUUGAGGAAAUGUUGUUUUCCACACAGACACGCAAAAACCCAUUUGUUGGCCAUUGAUCCCAAAAAUUGACUCACAGCUAAAAUGUUCCUCACAUGGUUCGCAGCCCGUCUGAUGAAAUGGCUUUGCCUCAUCUCUCAGGACAUCCUCAUAAUAAUCACGUCUCCCUCUCUCACGUCUCCGUCCAUGUGUACAGAUGUUGUUCCUGCGCCGCAGAACCUGAAGUUGUCCGAGGUGACCCAGACCUCAUUCAAGGCCACCUGGGAACACGGGGCCCCUGAUGUGGCCCUCUACCGAAUCGGCUGGACCAAGAAGGGAGAGAACAACUUCCAAUAUGUACGUUGAUCUAGUGGCUAGCCGAUGGUGAUUGUUGACUGGACUAUCUACUGCUAUAGAGCGGACAGGAUUGUAUGGAGUGGAGAAAUGUGACCGUUUACACUUUCUCUCUCACUCUCUCUCUCUCUUUCUCACUCCCCCCCCCCCCCCCCCCUCUCUCCAGGCUAUCCUGAACAGUGAUGAAACGUCCCAUAAUCUGGAGAACCUGGACCCGGACACCCUGUAUGAUGUCACCGUCACAGCCAUCUACCCAGACGAGUCAGAGAGCGAGGACCUGAUUGGCAGCCAGCGCACAUGUAGGUCCACCAUUAUCUUCUUCUUCUCAUUUCUCAUCCUCCUAUCAAUUACAUUCAUGUUUUACAGUUAUGGUCCACAGAUGUGGUCCACAGCGUAUUAAAAUAACCUGUUGUUCUCUUAACGUUCUCUUUUUCCAGUGUUAAAGAUGACUACACCUGGUAUGUUAUUUGAAACGGAGAAGGACAUUAUCAUUGUAAUAUUCAUGACUAUAAUUAUAAUGGUAAUGCGAACGAUAAUGAAAGUGUUGUUGAUGGAAAACACACUUUUAUUUAAAAAAAAUAUGCAUGUGCAUUGAUGUUCCUUUAAAGAGCUGCAAAUGCAAAAGUGGGACUAUUGACCCGCAGGGACCAGAUGUUCCGCCACAGACACCGCAUUGUCAACCAUUUGUCAUAAUAUCAUUUCUCGUGUCAUUUAAUGUCGUUUUUCAUGUUGUAACGUUGUCAUUCCUCGUGUCUUUAAUGUCAAGCCUCAUCAUGUCACAAUGUCAUUCCUUAUCAAUGUCCCCAUCAUUGGAAAUGCAUGUGCCUUACCGGCUGCUUCACUCUCCAUUUGGGUCGCUUAUGUGUACUUCAUCACCAAAUCAUGUGUUCUCGUCACCAAAUUAUGUGUUCCCAUCAUCUCACCCCCCAUCAUUACCAUCAUUGCUUCAUCCAGCGUCAUGACCCCCAAGUGAUCAUUGAGAAUUGGUAAAGGCUGUGUCAUGCCCUGCAGUCAUUUUAUAUACAUCUCCACUGUCUUGGGUCAGUGUAUUGAUUGUAAUGUGUUCCUAGCUCCCACUGGACCUCCGCAGAACUUGCAGGUGUUCAACGCGACCACGGUCACUCUGACAGUAAAGUGGGACCACGCCCCAGGCCCCGUCCAGAACUACAAGAUCUCCUAUCAACCUGUGGCAGGAGGCAAAGCUCUCUCCGUAAGUACAACACACCCUCCAGUAGUUUCUUGAAAACUGUUAAUAAUUCCCAUUCUGUUUUGCAAUAACUAAGAGUGUAUUAUGAGCAACUCAUAAGCAUUGGCCACCCAUGAUGUCCUGACCACUAAAUCCUUUAACUUUAUUAAUUAUGCCCUCUUGGUAUGAUAUCUCUCAGUUUACUCACCUAUAAUAUAGAGUAGGUUGUUCUUGUUUUCUGGCCUGUAAGUGAGUGGUGAUGUUAGUUGUUAUCAGUGUAAUUUCUCCAAUGUGCCUGAGCUAGUUUGAUGAAACCAGGGAUAUCUGUGCAUCAGUACUUCUUUAGGCCAACAGAUAAACAGCCCAAAACAUUAAAGGGAUAGUUCAGCCAAAUUACAAAAUUACAUAUUGGUUUCCUUAACCUGUAAGCAGUCUAUGGAAAAGGGAUGACAGCAAUCGAUGCUUUGGUUUAGUUUCCCUGGCACUGUUUCCACAUGCUAAAGUUUGAGCAUUUGUGGCACAAAUCCCAUUGCACAUCAUGUUCAAAUCAUCUAUAAGUGACUUUUAACAAUACAUUUGAGAUUCUUUCGGAUGAUUUGGACAUGACAAGCAAAAUAUGCUAAUAGCGGUCCCAUGACUUGAAUGGGAUUUGUGCCACAAAUGCUACAGCGUUAGCAUGUGGAAAUAGUGCCAGGGAAACUAAACCAAAGAAUGGAUUUCUGUCAUACAUUUUCCAUAGACUGCUUACAGGGUAAAGAAACCAAUAUGUAAUUUUGUAAAGUACUGAAGCAUUUCUGAAUUGGUUCAUUGUAACAUGAAAUCCCUUUCCUCUUGGGACCCCCCACUGACAAGAGUAGUAAGUAGUAGUUCCGUGUGGCUCAGUUGGCAGAGCAUGGUGCUUGCAAUGCCAGGGUUGUGGGUUCGAUUCCCACGGGGGACCAGUACUGAAAUGUAUGCACUCACUACUGUAAGUCGCUCUGGAUAAGAGCGUCUACUAAAUGACAAAACUGCAAAAAUGUAAAUGUAGUAACAGCAGGCUCUUUUGUCUUCCUGCACAUCGUUAUUUUGACAUUUGAUUAUGACAUUGUCCUCCUAUCCAGUCUGUUUACUUACUGUAUCUGGCAGCCAAGCCCACAUUCCUAACGGAUAACUUAAUUGUGAUCAGUGACAGAAAUUGCUUGGGAAUUCCUUUAGGAUCUUUUUGGGGUCUUUCAGUUGACAAUGUGCUUAUAUUAAAAUAAUUUGGUUAGUUAAACAUUUUUCUAAGUGUCUCUGAGAGGUUAUGACAGGGUACCCCAAGCAAUGGGUCAGUUCUCUAAACCGUGAUCUCAACAUGACACUAUGAGACAGAGCUGUUGCAUGUAUAUCUGAUCCCAUCAUAGCACAUUGUUGGUAUUAUAGUACUGUAUCUCUGUACACUUAAAACAGUAUGGAGACAUCUGCUGUUGUGGUCUGUAGACUUGUUGAUUUAACAUAAGGCAUGACAUUCAUACUUGGGUGAUAUGAGGAUCCUCAAGUGCCUUUCUCUGAUAUGAUGGUUUAGUGAGGUCAAAAUACAAACAGUGGAUGUGUUACCUAGGUGAUCUGCUAAAUAGAUAUGUCAGAUAUAAUACAAAAGGAAAUUGUAGUGUAUCUCUUCCACUCUAUGGCUUUAGCGGUUCUUGCUUUCAAUAGUUGUUGCUUACUGUAGUGCCCAUUAAUCAGCAUGAUGUUGCAACAUAAUUGGCUUAUAAUUGGCCAUGUCUAGUGUUCAUCAAGACCAAUUAAUCUUCCCUUUAUAUACUACUUGUUUAUGAACAGAGUAGAGUAAGAAAGGCAAUUGUUUUCUCUUAUAAAGUGUUUGAAUGAGCAACUCUGUUCACACAAAUGGCAUCGGGUAAAUAAUUAAUCCUUGGGGAACUCUGCUUUUGCUUCUAUUAGACUGAAAUUAGGGGAAAUGUAUUGGCUGAUUAUAGAGAAACUCAAUUGCUGCUUUGAUAGAGUUGGAGUUUACAUUGGUCAUGUUUGGAUGGCUUCCCCGUGACAGUGUAGAAGAACUCUGCUUGGCCUCAACUGCCGAGGUAGCUAGCUUGUGAGCUUCAGGGCGUUUUGUCUCAGAGCCGAGGAAAGCUCUAACCAUUGAAGGAGUGUAACUUGUCAUCCACCUGUCACCCCUUUAUAAUGAAUUGCUCUUUUAACUUUGAAGUGAGAUGUUAUAUCCUCUUAGAGACAUAGAGACGCCUCUGACUGUUGACAUGUUGUCCCCCAAACAGACCCAGGUAGGAGGGAAGAAGAACAGUGUUGUCCUCCAGAAGCUGAUGCCUGACACUCCCUACUCUGUCACCGUGGCUGCCAUUUACCCCAGCGGAGAGGCCAAAGACAUCUCAGGCCAAGGGAAGACCAGUAAGUGGACCUGACAACAGGAACUCUGGAACCACCAGACGUUUAAAAGCCCAGAGAACACCCACAACAUUCUCCCAAUAGAUGUAUCAUUUCAGAGUACAAUCAAUAGAGAAGAUAACUAUUUUGUACAGGAUUUUGACUUCAGUUCAAACAAUAUACAAUAUAAUGUUUGAAACCCCAUAUUAAAGCCGUGUUUGGUUUUAUCCAGAGCCUCUUGGUGGAGUAAAGAACCUGCAGGUGACCAACCCCACCAUGACCACCCUGAACGUGAAAUGGGAGGCGGCCGACGGGAAAGUGAAAGAAUACAAAGUCAUCUAUGUACCUGCUGCCGGUGGAGAUGAGAGCAUGGUAGGCAUGGUAGGACCGGUAGGAAGUCUCUCAGCUUACUGUUGGCUGACUGUGUAGAAAAUACUCCAACAAUUCACAUCCAAAAACAAGAAAUAGCAUAUCAAUGUAUUGUUUGAAGUUGUUUGUUUUAUGAAUCACAAAAUAUGGUAAACAACUUCAGUAUCUUCAGUCAAACAGGGUUGUAUAGGCAUGUUGGUAGUGAGCAGAGGAUAAUGGUUGGGUUGUGUUUCUGUAAUGUAAAGGAGAUUGUGGCUGCCACUGCCACCACCACGGUUCUGAAAGGCCUCCUGCCAGACACCCUCUACACCGUCUCACUGGUGCCUGUCUACGAAGUGGGAGAUGGACAGAAACAGUCUGAGAACGGAAAGACAAGUAAGACUGGCUGACAUCUAAGUCUAAAGAUCGUUAAAGAUCUUCUAAAGAUCACUUAUUCAGUGAUCUUUUCAGGGACUGAUAAUGGCCUUCUUAAAAGCUGAUUUAUGGAGUAAUUCCAUAAAUCCAUAAAUAACCACCAAUGUAGAGGAUAGCUCUCCAUUGAGUCUAUAUUUUAACUUUAUACAGACUCCUUGCAAUACCGAGUUCAAUCAGUAUAAUGUGAUAUUAUUAAAGCCUUGUUUGGCGUAUCCAGGGCCCCUGGGUGGAGUGAAAAACUUGCAAGUGACCAAUCCCACCAUGACCACCCUGAACGUGAAAUGGGAGCCAGCUGACGGGAAAGUCAAAGAAUACAAAGUGUUCUAUGUACCUGCUGCUGGGGGAGCUGCUGAGGCCAUGGUAGGAUGAGUACUGUAGCUGACAGUGUAGAAAUUGUUGUUUCCCCAUUGCUUGCCAUAUAACAUAUGAAUUGUUGGCAUGCUGGUAGUGGGCAGUCGUUAAUAGUUGGGUUGUGUUUGUGUAAUGUAAAGGAGACUGUGGCUGCCACUGCCACCACCACAAUUCUGAAAGGCCUCCUGCCAGACACCCUCUACACCGUUUCAAUGGUGCCUGUCUACGAAGUGGGAGAUGGACAGAAACAGUCUGAGAACGGAAAGACAAGUAAGACUACCUGACAUCUAAGUCUAAAGAUCGUUAAAGAUCUUCUAAAGAUCACUUAUUCAGUGAUCUUUUCAGGGACUGAUAAUGGCCUUCUUAAAAGCUGAUUUAUGGAGUAAUUCCAUAAAUAACCACCAAUGCUGAGGAUAACUCUCCAUUGAGUCUGUAUUUUAACUUUAUAGUUCAAUCAGUAUAUUAUUUCAGGGACUGCCUAAUGGCCUUAAAACCCAUUAGUACCAUCAAUGGAGAGGAUAACUCUUUAUUGCUGGAUUUUAACAUCAUACAAACUUGAUAAGAUAGUACUUUACUAAGUACUAUCAAUCAGUAUAAUGUGAUAUUAUUAAAGCCUUGUUUGGCGUAUCCAGGGCCCCUGGGUGGAGUGAAAAACUUGCAAGUGACCAAUCCCACCAUGACCACCCUGAACGUGAAAUGGGAGCCAGCUGACGGGAAAGUCAAAGAAUACAAAGUCUUAUAUGUACCUGCUGCUGGGGGAGCUGCUGAGGCCAUGGUAGGUAGGGCUGGGAAUUGCCAGGGACCUCACGAUACGAUAUUAUCACAACACUUAGGUGCCGAUACGAUAUGUAUUGCAAUUCUCACAAUUCUAUAUGUAUUGCGAUUUGAUACUGCGAUUUGAUGUUCUAAAGAUAUUGCUCACUACGUGUACUGCAGAGAGACAAGAGAGAGCAUGAGAAAACUAGUUUUGAUCAGUCAGGGAAAUAAAAGUGCUGAAAACAUGUUGGCUCACUUGUCACGAUCGUCAUAAGAGGCAGACCAAGGCGCAGCGUGAUAUGCGUACAUCUUUUAAUGAGUACUUAAUACAAUAACAAAACGAUACGUGAAGUCUACAGGUUCACCAAUACAAACCUAUACAGAACAAGAUCCCACAAAUAACUGUGCAAAACAGGCUGCCUAAGUAUGGUUCCCAAUCAGAGACAACGAGCAACAGCUGCCUCUGAUCGGGAACCACCCUGGCCAACAUAGAUCGAAACGAUCUAGAAUAAACACAUAGAAACUACAACAUAGAAACUAACACCCUGGCUCAACAUAAAAGAGUCCCCAGAGCCAGGGCGUGACAGUACCCCCCCCCAAAGGCGCGGACUGCGACCGCGCCAACUAAACCCAACAGGGGAGGGGCCGGGUGGGCAUUCCGCCUCGGAGGCGGAUCCGGCUCCGGGCGUGACCACCACUCUCUCUCUCUCGCCCUCGUGGUCUGGCCCUGCUGGCCGGAGCUGGACUGAACACCGGUGGAGCGGAUUGCUCUGGCUCCGGCGUGGAGCAGCUGACCGGUGCCGGACCAGGCACAGGUGGAACAGGCACGGACCGUGCCGGACUGACGACGCGCACCACUGGCUUGGUGUGGGGAGCGGGAACGGGCCGGACCGGGCUGACGACUCGCACCACUGGCUUGGUGCGAGGGGCAGGAACAGGCCGGGCCGGGCUGGCGACGCGCACCACAGGCUUGGUGCGGGGAGCGGGAACGGGCCGGACCGGGCUGACGACUCGCACCACUGGCUUGGUGCGAGGGGCAGGAACAGGCCGGGCCGGGCUGGCGACGCGCACCACAGGCUUGGUGCGAGGGACAGGAACAGGCCGGACCGGGCUGGCGAUGCGCACCACAGGCUUGGUGCGGGGAGCAGGAACAGGCCGGACCGGGCUGGCGACGCGCACCACAGGCUUGGUGCGGGGAGCAGGAACAGGCCGGACCGGGCUGGCGACGCGCACCAUAGGUUUGGUGCGAGGGACAGGAACAGGCCGGACCGUACUGGGAACACACACCACUGGCCUUGUGCGGGGAUCAGGAACGGGCCGGACCGGAUUGGUAACACACCCCAGUACCUCUCGCUGUGCCUCUACACUCUCCUUCCUCCUCAUGACCAAUGGCCCCCGUAACCUGGUGGCCUCCUAGUCCACAAACUCGCCCUGUAGCUGCCUCCAGCAGCCCCGUCGUCCAUGCCGUGUGCCCCCAAAAUUGUUUUUGGGGGGGUUGCCUCUCGCCUGUCCGACGACGGCACGGUUGGCGCCGUACCUCCUCUCUCGCCAGGGCUUUAACUUUUGCCCAUGGCCCUUUGCCCGCGAACAUGUCCUCCCAAGACCACCAUUCGCCCACCUGGGACAUUGCCAACUUCUCCAGUUCCUUUCCCGGUGUUUGCUCCUGAACACGCUGCUUGGUCCUUCUUUGGUGGGAUCUUCUGUCACGAUCGUCAUAAGAGGCAGACCAAGGCGCAGCGUGAUAUGCAUACAUCUUUUAAUGAGUACUUAAUACAAUAACAAAACGAUACGUGAAGUCUACAGGUUCACCAACACAAACCUUUACAGAACAAGAUCCCACAAAUAACUGUGCAAAACAGGCUGCCUAAGUAUGGUUCCCAAUCAGAGACAACGAGCAACAGCUGCCUCUGAUCGGGAACCACCCUGGCCAACAUAGAUCUAAACGAUCUAGAAUAAACACAUAGAAACUACAACAUAGAAACUAACACCCUGGCUCAACAUAAAAGAGUCCCCAGAGCCAGGGCGUGACAUCACUAUUUAAAAAUAAGAUGGAAAACAAGCUAUAGGAUGAAAAAUAUCGAUUUCUGGAGCAGGUACAACCAACUACAGUAGCAAAAACAUAUUUAUAUACAGUACCAGUCAAAGUUUGGACACACCUACUCAUUCAAGGGGUUUUCUUUAUUUUUACUAUUUUCUACAUUGUAAAAUAAUAGUGAAGACAUCAAAACUAUGAAAUAAAACAUAUGGAAUCAUGUAGUAACCAAAAAAGUGUUAAACAAAUCAAAAUAUAUUUUAGAUUUUAGAUUCUUCAAAGUAGCCACCCUUUGCCUUGAUGACAGCUUUGCACACUCUUGGCAUUGUCUUAACCAGCUUCACCUGGAAUGCUUUUCCAACAGUCUUGAAGGAGUUCCCACACAUGCUGAGCACCUGUUGGCUGCUUUUCCUUCACUCUGUGGUCCAACUCAUCCCAAACCAUCUCAAUUGUGUUGAGGGCAGGUCAUCUGAUGCAGCACUCCAUCACUCUCCUUCUUGGUCAAAUAGACCUUACACAGCUUGGAGGUGUGUUGGGUCAUUGUCCUGUUGAAAAACAAAUGAUCGUCACACUAAGCGCAAACCAGAUGGGAUGGCGUAUUGCUGCAGAAUGCUGUGGUAGCCAUGCUGGUUAAGUGUGCCUUGAAUUCUAAAUAAAUCACAGACAGUGUCACCAGCAAAGCACCCCCACACCAUCACACCUCCUCCUCCAUGCUUCACGGUGGGAACCACACAUGCAGAGAUCAUCCAUUCACCUGCUCUGCGUCUCACAAAGACACAGCGGUUGGAACCAAAAAUCUCACAUUUGGACUCGUCAGACCAAAGGACAGAUUUCCACUGGUCUAAUGUCCAUUGCUCGUGUUUCUUGGCCCAAUCAAGUCUCUUCUUAUUAUUGGUGCCUUUAGUAGUGGUUUCUUUGCAGCAAUUCGACCUUGAAGGCCUGAUUCACGCAGUCUCCUCUGAACAGUUGAUGUUGAGAUGUAUCUGUUACUUGAACUCUGUGAAGCAUUUAUUUGGGCUGCAAUUUCAGAGGCUGGUAACUCUAAUGAACUUAACCUCUGCAGCAGAGGUGACUCUGGGUCUUCCUUUCCUGUGGCGGUCCUCAUGAGAGCCAGUUUCUUUAUAACACUUGAUGUUUUUUGCGACUGCACUUGAAGAAACUUUCUUGACAUUUUCCCUAUUGACUGAACUUCACGUCUUAAAGUAAUGAUGACCUGUCAUUUCUCUUUGCUUAUUUCUCUUUGCUUAUAAAUCCCUGUACUUGGAGUCAAAUAUCAAUAUAAUAUCGUCCCAAAAUUAUUCUGUGAUAUGUAAGUAGCGAUCCCCCCCCAUCACUAACUAGGACUAGUACUGCAGCUGACAGUGUUGUAAGAAAUGGUUGUUUCCCCAUUGCAUGCCAUAUAAAACAUGUAUAGUUGGCAUGUUUGUAGUGGGCAGACAUUAAUAGUUGGGUUGUGUUUGUGUAAUGUAAAGGAGACUGUGGCUGCCACUGCCACCACCACAAUUCUGAAAGGCCUCCUGCCAGACACCCUCUACACCGUCUCACUGGUGCCUGUCUACGAAGUGGGAGAUGGACAGAAACAGUCUGAGAACGGAAAGACAAGUAAGACUGGCUGACAUCUAAGUCUAAAGAUCGCUAAAGAUCUUCUAAAGAUCACUUAUUCAGUGAUCUUUUCAGGGACUGAUAAUGGCCUUCUUAAAAGCUGAUUUAUGGAGUAAUUCCAUAAAUAACCACCAAUGCAGAGGAUAACUCUCCAUUGAGUCUGUAUUUGAACUUUAUACAGAUUCCUUGCAAUACCAAGUUCAAUCAAUAUUAUUUCAGGGACUGCCUAAUGGCCUUAAAAGCUAUUAGUAUCAUCAAUGGAGAGGAUAACUCUUUAUUGCUGGAUUUCUACUACAUACAAACUCCAUAAGAUAAGAUAGUACUUUCAGAUGGCACUGUAAUAAGUACUAUCAAUCAGUAUAAAGUUAUAUUAUUAAAGCCCUGGUUGGUGUGUCCAGAGCCUCUUGGUGGAGUAAAGAACCUGCAGGUGACCAACCCCACCAUGGUCACACUGAAUGUGAAAUGGGACGCAGCCGAGGGGAAAGUCAAAGAGUACAAAGUCAUCUAUGUACCUGCUGCCGGUGGAGCUGAAAGCAUGGUAGGACUGGUAACUGAGUGUGGAAAGUGUGGUUACUUUCAAGGGUAUGAGUUCUCAUAAUGCUCAUACACUCCUGUUUGACUGAAUAUAGUUGCUUGUCAUACUUUGUGAUUUAUAUAACAUUAGUUAUUGUUAAGUUGGGAGUGGGCAAAUGGUAAUACGUGUAUUGUGUUUGUAUAAUGUAAAGGAGACUGUGGCUGGAACCAACACAGUCCUGAAGGGCCUCACAUCAGACACCAUUUACACAGUUUCAGUCGUGCCAGUCUACGAAGUGGGAGAUGGCAAGAAGAUGUCUGAGAAUGGAAAGACAAGUAAGCCUGGCUGACAUGGAAAGAGGGACGGAGAUAAUGAUAUUUCAGAGUAUCAUCAGUAGAGGGUAGCUCUUCAUUGCUGGAUUUUAACUUUAACUUUGGUGUGUCCAAGGGCCCCUGGGUGGAGUGAAGAACCUGCAGGUGAUCAACCCCACAAUGACCACCCUGAACGUGCGCUGGGAGCCAGCCGAUGGAAAAGUCAAAGAGUACAAAGUGUUCUAUGUACCUGCUGCUGGGGGAGCUGCUGAGGCCAUGGUAGGAUGAGUACUGUAGCUGACAGUGUAGAAAUGGUUGUUUCCCCAUUGCUUGCCAUAUAACAUAUGUAUUGUUGGUAUGUUGGGAGUGGGCAGAGAUUAAUAGUUGUGUUGUGUUUGUGUAAUUUUUAGGAAACUGUGGCUGCAACUGCCACAAGCACUGUCUUGAGAGGCCUCCAGCCAGACACCCUCUACACCGUCUCACUGGUGCCUGUCUUCACAGAGACAGAGGGCAGAAGGCAGUCUGAGACCGGAAAGACAAGUAAGACUGGCUGACAUCCAAGCGAGCUUUCGCCAUGCGUGAACCUCGAUUGCGACCAAUACACACUUCCGCUUUUGCAGAACGCCUCAAAUGCCAGAGCAAGCAUAAAUCCCAUAAAUCCCAGAAAUUGUCAUUAGUACCCACUCUAUGAUAUAUUAUUUGUAUUCACUUCUUAUAUUUUCCUUUUACGGUAUGGAGGUACGGAACCUCAUUGCUGCCACAAAGAACAUUUUCUUUGUCCGGCCAUUUCUUUCUUUCUUUGGCAGCAAUAAGCUUCCGUAAACUGUGAGUUUGUAAUGUAAGAUGAUUAUUAAUGUGAUAAGAGGGUUAUACUGGACAUAGGCUAGGUUUUCUAUAGUUUUGGUUCUAAUGAUGUUUUCCUCACCAGGACCAUUGGGUGGAGUGAAGAACCUGAAGGUGACUGAACCCACCAUGACCUCUCUGAAGGUGGACUGGGACCCAGCAGACGGGGCCGUGCGCCAGUACAAGAUCUUCUUCGUCCCUGUGGCUGGAGGAACUCCAGAGGAAAUGGUGGGUCUCUUUCACCUUAUGACCUCAUAAGUAGCAUUUAGCAAAUUAAACUUUGAUAAAGCAUUUAAUCUGUAAUUACUUUUUCUUUACGUGUAAAUAGGAGCAAGUACCUGGAAGUACCACCACCAUUGUUCUGAGAAACCUCAAGCCUGACACACCUUACGCAAUAUCAGUGUUGCCUGUCUACCCUGUCAGGGAGGGGAAACGCCAGUCGGAGAAUGGAAAGACACGUGAGUAGCAACAUCAAAUUAACUGGUAUCCUAUGCAGCUUAUUUUGCAAAGUGAGUUGGGAACAUUGGAAAUAUAAACAGAGAAUUUCCCCAAUAAUCACAGAAUCAUAAUACCACACUUAAAGUCAUGUUAUUUCUAUUCCCAGUGCCUUUGGGUGGAGUGACCAAUCUGCAGGUCACCAAUCCUACCCACACCACCCUAACCACCAGCUGGGAUGCAGCUGACGGCAACGUGCAGGGCUACAAAGUAAUCUACACUCCCGUCGCAGGAGGCCUUGAGAUCAUUGUGAGUACUCUACUGUACUCCUAACCACACUGCCUAUCUCCAUAAGCCUAUAACUCAACUGAUACGGUGAUGUUAAAUUUGUUGACAGUGUAAUCUCCAUGAGGUCAGCCUAACACAAUGGUUUCCAAUCCUGUGGGUGGAAAGAAUCCAGCUUCAUUGCACGGCAUACUUUGUGGAGUGGGGAUUUCGUCAUUCCGGCUUGAGGAGUAGUGUUGAGGAGUUAGCAUUGAGGACUUAGCGUUAUCAGUUAGCCUGCUGUGUUAAGCAUUAUGAGAGGCAGCAGCAGAGUAUUAACGCCGUUGUAGCAUAGCAGUGAUGGAGUUCAGGCUGUGUAGGAGCUAACAGAGUGUGAACAGCUCUGUGAUCACAACUCUAAUGCAAUUGACUUUUUGGUUUGGUCGGUUUAUGUGGAACAAGAUCCUCUAAUGCAUUGUUUUGGUUGAUCUGUUUAGAAUUGGCCUGAACAGUGUGGCGCAUAGCUUGCGCUCUAAAUCAAACCUGUCAAAAUAAACUCCACGGAAGGGUGAGAGAAACUGGAGCAGUUCAUGUAGUUUUACAGACCACACAAUUGUGGUACAUGGGCCUCAUCCUGUGGAUCUGGUGUAUGAGAUAUUAUCUGCAUCCUAAAUGGCACCCUAUUCCCUAUAUAGUGCACUACUUUUGACCAGGGCCCAUAGGGCUCAGGUCAAAAUUAGUGCACUAUGCAAGGAAUAGGGUGUCUUUUGGGAUGCAGCCAUAGUGUUCCAGUAUGUCUGUUGGAGCUGCUGUUGGUGUGACACCAUCUAUUUUUCCAUUGUAGGAGCAAGUCUCAGAGAGCACAACCACCACAGUUCUGAAGAGCCUCUCACCCAACACACAGUACAGAGUCACUGUGCUGCCAGUGUACUCGGAAGGAGAUGGUCAAACCCAGACCGAGGAUGGAACAACAAGUGAGUAACGACAACUUAUUGCACAUGAUGCUCUCAGUGACCAGUGAUAAUUACGGGCAAAUUGUACAGUGAAAGACAUGAAUUACUGUAUAUUAUAAACAUGGUGGUUCGAGCCUUGAAUGCUGAUUGGCUGACAGCUGUGGUAUAUCAGACCGUAUACCCCGGGUAUGACAAAACAUUUAUUUUUACUGCUCUAAUUACGUUGGUAACCAGUUUAUAAUAGCAAUAAGGCACCUCGGGGGUUUGUGGUAUAUGGACAAUUUACCACGGCUAAGGGCUGUAUCCAGGCAUUCCGCGUUGCGUCGUGCAUAAGAACAGCCCUUAGCCGUGGUAUAUUGGCCAUAUACCACACCCCCUCUGGCCUUAUUGCUUAAUUAGCUCAUCUGCAGACAUCAAAUCUUUAGGCAUAUAGUAGUAGUAAAACAUAGCUGUACAACAAGUGUAUUAUGGUUUUCAAAUGGACAUGAUGGCUAAGCUGCCCUGUUUCCUCUUGGUGCUCAGAGCCGCUGGGCUUCGUGAAGAACCUGCAGGUCAUUGAACCCACCACCAGCACCCUGAACGUUCGUUGGGACGCAGCUGAGGGGAACGUGCGCGAGUACAUCAUCGUCUACAUCCCAACUGCAGGCGGGGAGCAGGAAGUGGUACGUCCGGGUCGCCUCACCAACACAACACCCCUACUAACGCACUGAGAAUGGUAUAUUCCAGUGGAGGGUGAAAUCCAUUACAAUCAGCCCAUCCUUCCAUUUAAAGUGACAUAAGCCGAUGGUGUUUACCCCAGUAGCUAGUCAACAUGGCUCAAGUGUAAGUAAGCCCAGUUUCUGACUUAUAUUCUCUCUUCUUCUUUCUUGAACAGGACCAGGUGUCUGGAACAACGACCACCACUGUUCUGAAGGAACUGAAUCCAGACACUGAAUACACUGUGACAGUUGUGCCUGUCUACCAUGAGAUGGAGGGUCUCUCUAGGUCUCAGAAUGGAAAGACAAGUGAGUUGAACUGAACGGGUUGAAAUGAUUCAAAGACCAUCUAAGAAAGGGAUCAUUUUCUAAAUGUCUGCUACUUGUUCAGCUUGUACAGUACUGUAAGUGUGAUGCUAUAACAUUGUCUCCUCUGCCUCAGAUCCUUACGGUGGAGUGAAGAACUUGAAGGUCAUCGACCCCACCAUCAACAGUCUGUCUGUUCGCUGGGACCCGGCUGUCGGUAACGUGCGCAACUACAAGGUCUUCUACGUGGCCCAGCCAGAUGGGAAGGAGCAAAUGGUAUAUCUCCUAUUCAUCUAUUUAGAAAUUUUACUGUCAACUCAGUCAUGUUUACACUAUAAUCAGACAAUGUAAUUGUCAUACAGUACUAACAUUGAUCUUCACUUUCCCUGAACAGGAGCAAGUCUCAGGGGGCACCACCAACCUUCUCCUGCGUAACCUGGAGUCCGAUACCCAAUACAACGUGUCUGUUGUCCCGGUCUACCCAGACGUGGACGGCAUAAUGCAGUCUGAGAUGGGAAAAACAAGUGAGUGAAGCAUUUCAAAACGUUCUUUUGCUCAGAAACCCCAUACUAUAACACUUUUGAAGCAUAUAGCUGUCAACAUUUAAGUCAACUUAUUUAAUUUUUUUAUACAUAGUUUUUGACAUCUACAGAGUGGGGUCUGAAAUUAUUGACAAACUUGAUAAAGAUGACCAAAGAUGAAAUUAUAUAAUUUUUUACAAGUACAGUUGCUCAGAGAACGAGAUUUUGUUUAACAAGUAAUAUUAAUUUUUCUCAAAAAGUUAGAAUUUAAAAUGAUUGACACCCCUGUUUUCAAUACCUUUAAAUACCUUGCCUUGAGAGAAUAAUGCCAACUUUUUCUCAAAUGUUUUAUGAGUUGGAAAAUACAUUGGGAGGGAUCUUAGACCAGUCCUCCAUACAGAAUCCUUCCAGAUCCUUGAUAUUCUUCGUCUGCGCUUAUGGACUGCCCUCUUCAAUUCAAACCACAGGUUUUCAAUAGGUUUCAGGUCCGGAGACUGAGAUGGCCAUUACAAAAUAUAGAUUAUGUGGCAAAUUAACCAUUUCUUUGUGGAUUUUGAUGUGAGCUUGGGGUUAUUGUCUUGCUGGAAGAUCCACCUGUGGCCAAGUUUCAGCCUCCUGGCAGAGGCAACCAGGAUUUUGGCUAAAAUAUCCUGGUAAUGGGUAAAGUUCAUGAUGCCGUUGACAUUAACAAGGGCAUGGAAAUAGAGGUCUUUGGCCACACACACCAGUGGUGGGUUUGGCAUUGAAAUGACAAUGCAGGAGCAGAAAACAACCCCAUACCUACUGUAAAAUAUGGUGGUGGAUCUUGGAUGUUAUGGGGCUAUUUUGCCUCCACUGGUCGUUGGGCCCUUGUUAAGGUCAACAGCAUCAUGAACUUUAUCCAGUACCAGGAUAUUUGAGCCAAAAACCUGGUUGCCUCUGCCAGGAAGCUGAAACAUGACGGCAAGUGAUCUUCCAGUAAGAACAUAACCCCAAACACACAUCAAAAUUCACAAAGGAAUGGUAAAUUGGUCACAAAAUCAAAAUUCUGCAAUUGUCAUCUCAGUCCCCUGUAGCUCAGUUGGUAGAGCAUUGCGCUUGCAACACCAGGGUUGUGGGUUUGUUUCCCACGGGGGGCCAGUAUGAAAAAUUUAUGCACUCACUAACUGUAAGUCGCUCUGGAUAAGAGCGUCUGCUAAAUGACUAAAAUGUAAAUGUAAAUGUCUCUUGAAACCCAUUGAAAACCAUUGAAACCGAUUGAAAACCUGUGGUUUGAAUUGAAGAGGGCAGUCCAUAAGCGCAGACAAAGGAUAUCAAGGAUCUGGAAGGAUUCUGUAAGGAAGAAUGGUCUAAGAUGUUGUCCAACUAGAAAAACAUUUUAGAAAAAGGCUCAGUGCCGUUAUCCACUCAAGGUGAGGUAUUGAAAGAUGUUGAAAACAGAGGUGUCAAUAAUUUUGACUUCUACCUUUUUGAGAUAAAAAAGUAUUACUUGUUUAACAAAAUCUCUUUCUCUGACCAAUUGUAUUAGUAUAAAAUGAUAUACUUUCCCAAUUUUUUUGGAGCACACAAUAUAGUUCAAUAUUUGAAUUAUUUAUUUUACACAGUCAUUUCUGCUCAUUUUUAUCAAGGGUGUCAAUAAUUUCAGACCCCACUGUAUAUGCUUCCAUAUCAGACUCAGUAACAGCUUGAGGACAUUGGUGCCAUUUACUUGGAGUGAUAUUGAUGUGUUACUUCUUCCUCAGAGCCUCUGGGUGGAGUGAAGAACCUGCAGGUGACUGACCCCACCACCAACUCCUUGAGAGUCCGCUGGGAGCCAGCUGAGGGGGAUGUGCGCCAGUACACUGUCAUCUAUGCCCCGCUAGCAGGAGGGCCUGAACUCACGGUACAAAGACAACACUUCCUUUCAUAGUGCAUCAAAGCGAUAUCUGCACACUCUCUAACUUGAGCAUUUUGAGCACUAUAAACAUUGAAUACUUGAAUUUGCUAUGUCUUUAGUAGAGUGGUUUUUCUUUACGUUCUUGUUAAUCUCUUUUUCACAGACCGCAGUUUCUGGGAUGUCAACCAACACCGUUCUAAGGAACCUUGUGCCAGACACAGAGUACAAAGUGACAUUGGUGCCUAUGUAUGGCGAUAUUGAAGGGAAGAGAAAUUCUGAAAAUGGAAAGACAAGUAAGUCAUGACUGAACAAACUACACAAUGCCGGGAAAAUACAGUGAGAAAAAUACAAAUGUGCUACAAAAUAGAAAAAGUGAUUUGAUGCUAAACUCGUUGUUUGGUGACUUGUCAGAGGCUUUGGGCGGGGUGAAGAACCUGCAGGUCACCGACCCGACUACUAGCUCCCUCAAGGUGCGCUGGGAGCCAGCGGAGGGCAACGUGCGCCAGUACCGUCUCUUCUAUGUCCCUGCCUCUGGCGGAGCCGAGGACAUGGUAAGACCACCAACUAUCUGUGCCUUAACAUCUGAUACUGUACAGGGUAUCUCUUGACCAACCAGAAUUGAGUUGAGUAUGGCAUCCAUAUUAGGAAUUUGUUUACCUAAAAUCUGACGACUUCCUAAUAUGGAUGCCGUAGGAUUAAACCAAUCUAUGGUAAAAACAUUGAUAAUGCAACUCAAACAUCUCUCUGUGAACAGGAGCAAGUGUCUGGUGGCACCACCGCUACCGUCCUGAGGAACCUUCUCUCAGACACGCCCUACACCGUCACCGUGGUCCCCGUCUACCCCGAAGGAGAGGGCCUGCGCCAGUCUGAGACUGGAAAGACACGUAAGUUAUCAACUGAGGAAACUCAAGUAAUCAGUUUUUGUUUUAAUUGGGAUUAAGACAUGCUCUUUUCAGUUGGUUUGAUUCAGUAGCAUCUUAAAUCCGGAGCCUGUUUGGUUUUUCCAGAGUUUGGACUCAGAUCUCAAGAUAGAUCUCAGGAUAAUAGAUACCCUCAUAGGGAAACAUUGUUAUUCAGGUCAACGUUUACACAACUGAGUGGGAAUAUAUAUCUUUUUUUAUUCCAAUCCCCGAACCAGAUAGCAUUUGCAACCCCCUCCUGGAACAAAGGGGUAGCUUAUCUCACCAUAAUAAUAAUAAUUGCUGGUUGGGUUGCCCUGCCUGUGUCUGUGCAGUUUUUAUACCCUGUUGUGUGCAUCGGUUUUGUUUCUGCUCAAAUGGCUUGCCAUGCUGAGUCAGCAGAAAUCCAUCCCAGAGAAGUUAAUUGGAAAGCUGUGAUUCCAGCGGAGCAUAUCAGUAAUACAGAGCUUAUGGUGCAUAAUGAUUCCACAGGAGGUUCCAGAGACUCCGUUGUGCAAGGCUAAUAUGAAAAUGUCCAAUGGAAGUCAAGCAUUUUAUUUGAACUCACUAAGUCCUUGUCAGUUUCAAGUCUUUUAGACAGACACAGAUUUAUGAUCAUUGAUUCAUAUCUGAUGUGCUCUGAUCCCCGGCCAAAUGUGAAGAGAUGUUUGACAGAGUAAUCUUCCUAAAGACACCAUAUGCAUGUGGACUUGUACAAGUGUUCAGAAUAGAAAGAAGCUCACUGUUGGACAAAUAGGUUCUACUUUGCUUCUGAAUAAGGUGGCUGGGUCUGUCUACCUACUACAUCUAGCUUUAUUGGGCUAAAGUGCUGAAUGCCAGAGGAAUAUGCACAUCUGUUUUAGUUUAAACGGGAAGUUAAGAGGUUUUUGCAUAAACCCAAACUGUGUUGCUUCUCUCUAUGUGCUGUCUACAUAGACACUAUAAAAUCACUUGGUUUCUGGAGUUUGCGUUCCUCAGCAUUUAAGUCUUUUUUUUUUUUUACUGAGCUACGUCCUAUUUGAAACUUAGCAGUCUAAUAAUUCUAAAAUGUUCUUGUCGUAUUUUUACUUAAUUACUUUUAAAUGGACUCAAAGCUUGAUAAGGCAUUGUAGAGUGAAAUCAAAGUUGUUUUUAAACUUGUUAGGGGAAGUCAACAGUUGCCCUCUCCCCUUUUGACUUUCUCUGACCCUCUGUGACCCCCAGUUCCACGCACCCCUCCUAAGAACGUCCAGGUGUACAACCCCACCACCAACAGCCUGAAUGUGCGCUGGGAGCCCGCCUCUGGCCAGGUGCAGCAGUACCGUGUUAUCUACACACCUCUGUCCGGAGAAAGACCUGCAGAGACGGUAAGUUUACUGGAUGCAUCCCAAAUAGCACCCUAUUCCCUAUGUAGUGCACUAUAUAGGGAAUAGGGUGCCAUUUGGAACAUACAAACUAUCUCUCUCCACUGUUAACCAGAAGCUGUCAUUAUACUGAGACGAUGACUACCCUGGGGGGGGGGGUUGGUCUUAAUUCAUGCAGAAAUCCAGACUUUUUGGCUUUUAAUUAUCUGAAUAUCAGGAUUGGUUUUAUGCACCGAUGUACAUAUCUUGGAUUACAGGAGAAAGAUACAGCUAAUUGCCCUACAAAUAGCUUUUACUGUGUCACUAGGAGUUUGGAAAAUGUGGACAUCCACAUCUGUGAGAGACAUCGAUGCAAAUUCUUACAUUUGAAGUUUUGGAGGGCAUAAGGCCUUGGUUGGAGGAUAAUGAGGCUGUUUUUAUGAUUAUAAUGUUCUUUGAUGCAGCAGUAGGCCUUAAAAAAGCCUAAUGGUAAGGGAGUUUUUUCCCCAAAGCAUUUGUCAGCUAAGCAAACAUCUCAAUGUGGCUCCAUUUCUAAGGAAGACAGCCUUUUUAGUGGUUUCAGGAAAGAUACUGUGUUAUAGACUUCAGCUACCUGCAUGUCUUGUCCAUCACUCUUUCAACAGAGAUGUUCAGUUGAAUCCCCUGAUAAGCUGUAGAUGAGGGUAUACUACUUUAAAGAUUAUGUAAUGGCCAUGCCUCAGACAUGCUAAUAGAUAAUGGGCUGCGUAGUGAUAGUGAUUACCCUGAUGAUAUGGCAAGACUAGUCUCCACUGUUGUUAGAAACAGGGGUGAGAUACACGUUGAGGCCUGUCCAAUGACAGAGCACUGGUCUCGUGCUGUUGGUUACGUCGUCUUCAUUUGCCGGAUACUCCAUAACACUAACUGUUUAUCAAUCACUUUUAAGCAAAAUGAAUGCAUUUGUUUAGCUUUUUAAACCUCUUCAGGACUUUGUUAGUACUUCACGUUAGCCUUUGCACUAGGCUCCCUCCAAGAAGACACUAGCAGGGAUUAACAGUGAGCUCAUUAUGUACAUUACCAGUGCCAGAGCAGUAUGUAAUGCUUGAAGAAGCUCAUUUGAGGGUGCAUCUAUGGGCCCUGGUCAAAAGUAGUGCUCUAAAUAGGGAAUAGGGUGCCAUUUGGAACACAAACCAAGAUUCCUCUCGGGUAAGCCAUCAUUGUGAUCUAUGUCCUGUGACCUCUCCAAAGGUCUUGGUCCCGGGUAACAUCAACAACGCGUUCCUGGAUUCGCUCAUUCCCGACACGACGUACUCGGUAAGCGUCCUGGCUCUGUACGCCGACGGGGAGGGACCACCGGUGAAGGGAGACGGCAAAACAUGUGAGACUUGAAUCCAAUCAAACGGACUUUGUUGUAUACAUUGGGACUACUGACUCAUGCGGCUCUUGUUUACAUUGAUAUUACUCGUGCUUCCACACAUACUUGCUUAUACUGUAGUCUACAUUCAAGUACGUCCGCACACACAUGCACGUAGCUAUAUACAACAAACACAUGUUGUAGCGGUGGUUGCUAGGUGCAUGUGGCGUGCGCUGUUGCUCGGUGCAUGUGUGUGAGUGUAACCCAGUGUUGUUGCUGUUGCAGUGCCCCGUGUUGGACCUAGGAACCUGCGGGUGUUUGAUGCCACCACCAACACACUGACCAUCGGCUGGGACCACGCUGAGGGACCUGUGCAGCAGUACAAGAUAGCCUACGCCCCCACCACAGGAGACCCCAUCACUGAGUUUGUGAGUUCAAAGUCUUUCUCAACAGACUUUCAUGUAACACAGGACUUUGAGUUUGACUCAAUGGAUGAGUGAGUUCAUGACCUAAACAUGUCUCAUUUUAUAUUUAGCUAAGUGGCAAAUCAAAUACACAUCCAUACACUUGCAUUAACCUUCUGUUCAACGUGAUACUACUGCCAAAGCACUGAAGGCAUACAAAGGCAUAUGUUGGUGCCUGUUUGGUUAACUCCAGCAGUUAAUUGCUGAUUAGUAAGAUGAAUUAUAGGCUCAGUAAGAUCAAUAUUAUCAAUGGAAACAUUAUGUUACAUUACAUUCUAUUAUUAAUUAAUUUAAACAUGUGAGCUGGCGCACCAGUUAAGGAUAGCACAGCUGUACCACAUCAUUACUCCCUCCCUAGCAAGGUAACUAUUGUGUUAACAAAUGCUACAUAACUAGAGAAAAAUGUAAGGAGUCUUUUAGCAUGCGGCGUUUGAAAUGAAAGGUCACUAGAGCUAAUCGUCCAAUGUUUUUUCAAAGAGGACAGGAAACGUUCAUUAAUAGCCUCCUGAUUACACCCUUUUUCUCUAUGCUGCAGUAAUGUAGGAACUAGCCUAGCAUCGACGAUUAGCUUCCAUUAGCAAUUACGUUCCUUUGUGUGUUGAGGCACUUUGCUCCACUAGGAGCUGAAAGGAAUAUGUCAAAUAAGUCAAGUGUGUUGAGAAGCCAUUUUUUGAAUGAACUGAUAGUUAUUUCUGGUGCUUUUCCUUACAGACCGUUGUUCCUGGCAACAGAAACAAUGCCAUCCUGCAGAACCUGCUUCCUGACACUCCCUACAACAUCACUGUGGAAGCCAUCUAUGCUGAUGGAGCAGGGGGAUCGCUGAACGGGCCCGGACGCACAGGUAACGCGGUUAGAAAAGUGGUCAGGAAGUGUUCAGUCUGGUAUACUGUAUACCUAAUGGUCUAGCUAGCUGGACAGAAUUUCCAAGCCUGAUGAGCUGGGAGUGAGACCUGUGCACAGGAGUGGAAAAUACUUACAAGAGCCAUACAAAAUAGCCAACCGAUUCCAACAUGUUUCAGUUUGAAGAGUUUGGAGGAUUGGGAAUUCACAGUAGAGCAACUGGGAAAGUUCGACGACUGGCGAACAUUAGCCCCGAGUUACACAAACAAUAGAAACUUUAUGUUUUGGCUUGGACCGAGGCACCAUUGUGCCAGCUAGGUAGUUUGGAUGGGCAACGCUCCAAUGGGGAGUUCAUGCCGCACCCGACUACCCACCCACCCACCCACUGCCCAGCUCCCUCAGCAAGACCAUGGAAAAAUCUAUCCAAUCUAAACACGUAUUACUCAUAAUAGUCUUCAUAAACAGAGGAGGAGGAAAAACAGCAGUAGUCUAGCAGCAUGCCGGGCUGUGUGCUAUGGUAAUGUACUGCCUUACUGCACUGGGGGCUAGUUAGACUGGAAAUGGUGUCAUGGCCCUACUUGUUGUUGAGAGUAAUUGCCAUGACUGAUUGAAUGUUGACAUGUUUCUGCUCACUCUGUUGCUCUGCCUUGGUUACAGUUGGCCUGCUGGAGCCCAGGAACCUGCGCGUCUCGGACGAGUGGUACACCCGCUUCCGUGUUGCCUGGGACCCUUCGCCGUCUCCGGUGCUCGGAUACAAGCUGGUCUACACGCCUGCGGGUGAGAUGAUGUCAGACUCUGGGCCACGUGCAUGCAAUCAUGAGCAGGGACCCAUAACACCCUGAGUUACAGCACUUCACAAUGUCAUGUUUUGUCAUACCGUGUUUUACCCAUCAAAGUUCCCAGUGCAAAGCCAAAGUUUGACAGCAAUGAAUAAGUAAUGAUCCAUAAUAAUUUGCAUGAAAUCUAAGGGCCAUCUUUACAUUUCAAAUGAGAUGAUUUCAGGUUUAGAUAGGUCUGCUCUUCUCCUCUCCUCAUGAGUAAAGUUGAGAUUGUGUUGUAGUGUUGUUGUUGUUAAUGUAGAGAUUGUGUUGUAGUUUUGCGGUUGUUAAAGUAGAGAUUGUGUUGUAGUGUUGCUGUUGUUAAUGUAGAGAUUGUGUUGUAGUGUUGUUGUUGUUAAUGUAGAGAUUGUGUUGUAGUGUUGCUGUUGUUUAUGUAGAGAUUGUGUUGUUUUUGCCUGCAGGAGAAGAUCAGAGUAAGAGCUUGGACGUGUUUGUGGGUGACGUGACUUCAUACACUGUCCAGAACCUCCUCCCUGGCACCACCUACGAUGUCAAAGUGUUUGCCCAGUAUGAUGCUGGCAUGAGCGGGGCCCUCGAAGGACAAGGAACAACACGUAUGUAUCUGAUCAACACAAGUAUAAUCUUUAUGAAGCAUCAAUGUCAACCAUCCCAAAUGGCUCCCUAUAUAGUGGAUUACUUUUGAACCAGAGCCCUAUGUACCCUGGUCGGUAGUAGUGCACUAUAUAGGGAAUAGGGUGCCAUUUGGGACUCAGUCUUGAAGUCAGUCUGAGACACUUCUUCUUAUGUUCUGCUCCACAGUCUACCUGAACGUCACCAACAUUGAGACCUACAACGUUGGCUUCGACAAGUUCUGCAUCAAGUGGAGUCCUCACAGGGCUGCCACCUCCUACAGGAUCAAGCUCAACCCUCUGGACCGUAAGUCUCAGCCAAACAUUCAUUUCAGAUUGCACCUUUAAGCUUUGAUACAUGAGAGACUCUAUUUCUACCCUGAAGAAUUGCUGCAUUAUAAUUGAGUUUAUGCUUCCUCUUAUGCCUGAAACAAUAAAGGAGAUUUCAGAAGGAGCAUCAACACAUGAUGUAGUGGGUGUUAGUCAGUCACUAGUCAGAUAUGCUAUAGAUCCACCACUGAUCGUAGCCUCACCCUCCUCUUUAUUCAGAACAUUGGAAUGGUACGGUGCUGGCUGUUGAGAUUGGGUCUAGACAUUCACACAACUGUUUAUCCUCAGCCCUCCACUGUGUUUAUCUCUCGAAGGAAAAUGCAUGAUGUGGUGUGUUCUGAAAGCAUCUGACCACCAAGUUUAAAUUCUCUCUCUGUCUGAAAAGAUUACAUCCUUUUAAUUACUGUCGCCUUUGAAUCCAUCUGUAUUAAUGUUCGCACGUAGACCUAGGGCUGUGGCAGUAUUGACAUUUUGUCAGAUGGUAACUGUCAUGCAAAUAACUGCCGGUCUCACGGUAAUUAACCGUUAAUUAACAUAAACAUGUUUAGCAUAUCCAUGCCCCCACGAAUACAAGCUGCUGAUUUGGAACAUCUCCAUUUUUUCUAAGUCUAAUAAAUCCAUUUAAUAUACACCAUCACAAUCAAUCCAUUAUAUAUUUUACGGCAGGUCUUAAGAAACAUUAUGGUAUGAAGAAAAUGUAUUUCAGAAGAACAGAAUAGCAUAUUCUGAGUCAGCCUACUGUAUGUUAUCUGGCUAUGUGCCAUGCCAAUGGCAGCCUAGGCUGUAGGCUAGUUCAUUUAGUAGACAAGAUAUGCUCAUAAAUUAUAAUUUUUGGCACCUUUAGUUGUGAAUGAUACAAACUUUAACAUUUCUUAGAAAUUAAAACAUAUGGGCUGCAUGAUGCGACUAUAUUGAUGAUUUGGAAAAAGUCGCAAAAAAAGCUUGCGCUCUGUUCCUUGCCUCAGGUUGCGCUAGCUGUUCUCUCAUCAAGUGAUAAUAUUCUCACCCAUCAGACUAUUCUCAAUGUAAUCUUGGCUUUAUUUAUAUGUGAAAUUCGUUUUGAUUUAGAAUGGGCCAUUAUCAUCCGUAUGCACUCGAAAAGCGUAUGGAGGCUGCGCUUUCCCGUGGUUCCUUUUUCAAUCAUGCUGGUAGGCUACUCCGGUUUUACAGCGGAGCAAUGUGCUUAAAGGAACAUUUCUAAAUGUUUCAACUUCAAAUUCCUCAUCUCCAGCACCACCCCAACAAUAACAAAUGUGAAAAUGUCACAUUUCUAUGUUUUGUGGAAAAAAAGAUAGAGGAAGAUAAGUGUUUCCAAUGACAUCAUCAGUGUGCAUCAUGUGAUUUUAACCAAUUAUGAGUAGGCAUUGCCUACUAAUUGCCUACUAAUUGGUUGAUGAUGUCAAGUAUUCAGACUUUUUCCACAUUUUGUUACGUUACAGCCUUAUUCUAAAAUUGAUUGUUAAUUGUUUUCCUCAUCAAUCUAUACACAAUACCACAUAAUGACGAAGCAAAAAUAGGUUUUUAUAUAUAAAAAAACAAAAAAACGAAAUAUCACAUUUAUAUAAGUAGUCAGACCCUUUACUCAGUACUUUGUUGAAGCACCUUUAGCAGCGAUUACAGCCUCGAGUCUUCUUGGCUAUGACACUACAAGCUUGGCACACCUGUAUUUGGGGAGUUUCUCCCAUUCUUCUCUGCAGAUCGUCUCAAGCUCUGUCAGGUUGAAUGGGGAGCGUCGCUGCACGGCUAUUUUCAGGUCUCUCCAGAGAUGUUAGAUCGGGUUGAAGUCCGUGCUCUGGCUGGGUCACUCAAGGAAAUUCAGAGACUUAGUUAUGCACACUCAAGUUUACUGUUUUUUUGUCUUAUUUCUUGUUUGUUUCACCCCAAAAUAUAUUUUGCAUCUUCAAAGUGGUAGGCAUGUUGUGUAAAUCAAAUUAUACAAACCCCCCAAAAAUCCAUUGUAAUUCCAGGUUGUAAGGCAACAAAAUAUGAAAAAUGCCAAGGGUGGUGAAUACUUUCGCAAGCCACUGUACAUUUGGUCUGCAGUUGUGAGGCAGGUUGGACGUACUGCCAAAUUCUCUAAAACGACGUUGGAGGCGGCUUAUGGUAGAGAAAUGAACAUUAAAUUCUCUGGCAACAUCUCUGGUGGACAUUCCUGCAGUUAGCAUGCCAAUUGCACACUCCCUCAAAACUUGAGACAUCUGUGGCAUUGUGUUGUGUGACAAAACUGCACAUUUUAGAGUGGCCUUUUAUUGUCCCCAGCACAAGGUGUAUAAUGAUCAUGCUGUUUAAUCAGCUUCUUGAAAUGCCACACCUGUCAGGUGGAUGGAUUAUCUUGGCAAAGGAUAAAUGCUCACUAACAGAGAUGUAAACAAAUGUGUGCGCAAAAUGUGAGAAUAAUAAGCUUUUUGUGUAUGGAAAAUAUCUGGGAUCUUUUAUUUCAGCUCAUGAAACAUUGGACCAACACUUUACAUGUUGCGUUUAUAUUUUUGUUCAGUAUAGUAGUAGUAGAAAGCUGGGAUUAUCAUAUUUUUAGUGGCAACCAUCAGGUACUGUAGCUAAAGGUAAUGUGUCAGCCUAUUAAUUAUGAAAAUAUAAACAUUUCCCUAUUACUAGACUAUUCAAAAUCAAAUAAAGAUUCACUAUAAUUGUAGGCUAAAAAUACUCUGUAACACCCCUGCACAAUCAAUGAACCAACAGCCUCGCCUAGGCCUAUAUGUUCUCUCCCAGACUCAUAGAUAUAACGUUUGGAGCCUAGUAUAAGGUAACCAGCCCAUCCAGUAUGCAUAAUAAUACAGUUCAUAUUCAAAAGCGAUUACUAGAGUUUGUUUAAUUUUGGAGUAGCCUAUAGGCUAGAACAAUUACGUACCAAAGACAUCUUCAAUUGUAAAAAAUAUAUAUAUAUUAAAUCUGCCGUGCGUAAUACGCGAUAGACUAUUAGGCUAUGUAUUGUGUAACGGCACAAUCAUUAUUUUUUUUCAGAUUUUUUUUCAGUAGACCCGGGGUAUAAACUGUUAAAAACAGGCAGCAGUAUCGCAAGGAUUUAAAUAUGGACAUGGUAGUCAUUACCCAUGACACAUUUCCAAACUUAAGCAGGCUUUGCUUGUGUGAGAAAGACAGCUGCUGUAGAAAACACUCACCGAAAGUAAACAGUCCCCAAGGUUUGAGAAGCUAGCAACCUUUUAAAGAUGCAGCACAGACAGGCUGAGCUUCCAAGUCAGUAUUAGAAUGCCAAUUGUUUGUUACUGAAGUGGAAUGCAAAUAGUGGUUGAGGAGCGAGGAUCAUGGCAUACAUCUCUGCGCAAGAAUCUUGGUCUUCUAAAACAAUGAUUUAGCUAUUUAUAAUGACAAUGAGAACCUUCAGCAGAAAGGGGUCAGCCCAGGAGAAGUGAUUGAGGGGAUAAUUUGCCCUUAUAAGGCCAUUGUCCUGGUCUCAUAGUUCAUUUGACCAAAAAUACCACAACUUUCUGCAUUUUCCCCAAAACAAUUCAUAUUGAAUUACAUGUGUAGCGUGAUAUCGCUGAUAUUACAUGUAUUUUGACAUUAUUGCUUUACCGCAGAACUGUCAUAGCCCCAGCUGAAUGGCAUUAACUCUGCUUUGCUUACUCAGAGAAGACCCGUGAUUUUUAUUAGGAACAACGUUUCAGGCAGCAGCCUCGGCAGUCAACACAUGUCAAUAUGUUUCUCUUCUCAACAUAUGUCAACAUGUUUCAUAUUUCUCUUUGUUUUGUCUGUGUGUAGCCUCCAGUAAAGGUCAGCAGGAGAUCACCAUCACUGCAGCUCAGAGCCAGUACUGCUUCAAGGGUCUCUCCCCUGACGCUCUCUACAGCGCCACCGUGUUCGUUCAGACCCCUAACCUCGAGGGCCCUGGAGUCAGUACCAAAGAGAGAACAUGUGAGUAUUUACAUUUGAGUCAUUUAGCAGACACUCCUAUCCAGAGCGACUUACAGUCAGUGCAGUUACCGAAGUAGUCUUCAGCUUUUUACAAAAGUGGUGCCAAUGUGCUAUCCGAAUUUGUCAUUUCUUUGUUGAUGUUUACUGACACUUUGUCUCUUUCUCAAAGUGGUCAAACCUACUGAAGCCCCAACGCUACCCCCCACUCCUCCACCACCUCCUACCAUUCCUCCUGCAUGGGCAGGUAAGAACCAAUGGCGCCAUGAUGACUACGACAUACAGUAUCCAUCACCUCCAUAGUACCAAAGCACCAAACGGCACCACAUUCACCAAUGCUAUAUGGAAAAUUUGAAGCCUUGCUUGGAGCCCAAACUAGCUGUCAACUGCAAAGUCAUCGACAUUUUAAUUUGAAUGUGUUUUAGUGCGAUUAGUUGAGAGUCAUAAAAGCCAGGUUCAGAAAACAUGCAAUGCACUCAAAAUCUUACUAUUUGGCAGAAGCAGAGACCUGCAGACGUAUUUAUUCUAGAUCAGAGUGGUGCCAGUGUUAAAGUAAUGGCCGCCACAUGCUCGACACAGACCCUCCAGGGUUUUCAAUGGGAACACACCCAUUGACUAAUGACUAACCUAGGUGUUGAGAAAGGAAGAAUUCCAAAGAAGCUGUUUGUUUGAUAAGGAAUUGUGUAAAACUUAUUUAUGCAUUCAGACUUGGAGGAAGGGGAUUGCGAGAGAUAAAAAAAAUAAAGUGCUCUAUCACAUCAGGCAGACAUUAUCUCGUGAUUUGCCAACUCCUUUUGUUGUGCUAAGAGAGAAAGCCAUUAAAGAACAGUUCAUUUCCAGCCUUUAUGGUGACCAAAUGUUCCUUGUUUUGUUAGUUUUUUCAGGAAAGUGUGAUCAAUUAAACCAAUAAUUGCCAUGUAUAGCUUCAUUAUGUAAUUUCUUUCUCUCAAUGAUUUUGUUUGUGAGAUUCCUGUAGACGUUUUUAUUUUCGAGGUUGUCGACUCUCAUUAUGAUGCCAUUCUCUGUUAUCGGUCCUGGUGUUGCAGGCAGCCCAGAAUCUGGUGCCUGCCAUGGAAUCUUUUAAGUGCAGUUCACUGAGUUCUUUUUAUUUUGCCUCAGUGUGCAAAGGUGCCAAGGCAGAUGUGGUGUUCCUUAUUGACGGCUCGUGGAGUAUCGGAGAAGACAGUUUCCGGAAAGUGGUGCAGUUCAUCUUCAGCAUGAUUGGAGCAUUCGACGUCAUCGGAUCGACAGGAAUGCAGGUGUGUAGUGCUGUAAAUAGUGGAAAAAGCAUGUUGUAAUUGUUAGUCACCUUGGCGAACUGUUUAGAAUCAUACUAUAACUCCUUGCAGAGAUGUUCACAAGUCUUUGAGGUCGAGUCCAAGUCAAGUCGCAAGUCUUUUAGGGCCAAGUCUAAGUCAAGUCUCAAGUCCCUUUUGGCAAUGGCUUUCUGCCUGCUGUGGGUUAGGUGUAUAAACCUUGUAAAUUAUUUGAAGAGACUCCCUUGUUAAUUAGUCCAUACUUGUAUGAAAGAAAGCACAUCAGGCACUAUUUAAAUCAAAAUAAAUUUCCUUUAAAAAUGUAGACAGUUAAUGUUAAUAAAAGUCAUUGUACCGGAUAUGAAGAAAAAGCUAACAUAACAUUUUAAAGUGCAUGGUAUUUUGUGGCAGACAUUCUCUAUAUUUCACUUCAUUCUGUCACACAACAGAACAUCUAUAGGUGAGGGAAGGUAAAUUACAAGUAUGAAUGUAAACUAAAAUGACUGACAACUGUUCAAUAACUGCUGUACUAAAGUGUCCUAUAUAUCAAACGUAAUGACCUUUAUCCCUAAAAUAUACUUACUGACCUGGACACUUAACAACAGAAAUACAAUUUCCUGUAACAAGUAGCAAAUUACGUCCUGUGCCCUAAGACAGAGAACAUUUCUGUUGCAGAGAGGUUACAUUUCAGAAAGAUCAAGUUUGUCGGUGUUCUUGCACUGAGCCUGGCACAUGAUGAGGCUUCCAUGACUAAACACUCUCUACACUGGGGCACUGGUGGCAGGGACAGCCAACACUGUCAUUGCUACCUGCUUGAGCCUUGGAAAGUGUUUUGCAUGGAUUCUCCAAAAAUCCACAAGUUUUGCAAACAGCAUUUCGUUUUUUGCAACUGGCAUUAUACUGCAGGUUCUUGUAACCAAAUGUAAUAACGAAAGCCUCACCACCUGAUGACAUUGUUGCUGAUUACGAUUGUUUAGCUGUAGUACUACAGUGACGUAGAAAUGACAGAGACAUUCUAGAAAGCUUUUCAGCCCUCUGUAUUACAAUGUGGUCCUCUGUAGCUCAGCUGGUAGAGCACGGCGCUUGUAACGCCAAGGUAGUGGGUUCGAUCCCCGGGACCACCCAUACACAAAAAUAUAUGCACGCAUGACUGUAAGUCGCUUUGGAUAAAAGCGUCUGCUAAAUGGCAUAUUAUUAUUAUUAUUAUAAUGUGUUACAAUGCCGCCUGUUCCAUGUUAUCUGACAGAAUGCACAACAAAAACGUAUCCCAGUACUGACUUGCAUUGUUCACGAGUCCAAGUCAAGUCUCAAGUCAAUUGAUCACAAGUCUAAGUAAAGUCGCAAGUCGACUUAAGCGCGACUCGAGUCUGAGUCUCAGACUCGAGUUUCCAUCUCUGACUCCUUGUAAUGCUCAUGUCUUUUUACUUUGGAAACAGGUGUCGUUCGUGCAGUACAGUGACGAAGCAAAGACAGAGUUCAGGCUGAAAUCUUACUCGGACAAGGGCAGCGCUCUCGCCGCUCUACAGCUGAUCCAGUACCGAGGAGGAAACACUAAGACCGGUGAGGCUCCCCAAACCCAGCUCCCACCAACUAGGGUGUGUCCCAAAUGACACCCUAUUCCCUAUAUAGUGCACUUCUUUUGACCAGAGCCUUACGGGCCCUGAUCUAAAGUAAUGUACUAUAAAGGGAAUAGGAUGCCAUUUGGGAUGCAGCACUAGUCACUGGUUGUAAAAGUUACUUUACAAUGGACACCAACAUGUUUAAUUGGAGCCAGUCUAAACAUGCUUAGUCUUUAAAUAUCCAUCCUUUGAAUAUACAUUGUUGUCUAACAUCACAUUCAUUAAAUUCAAAUUAAAUUAAUCAACAUUUCUUUGUUCAUGAUCAGGCGCUGCUCUGAGGCAUGUCAAGGAGAAGGUGUUCGCCCCAGAAAAUGGAAUGAGGAGGAAUGUCCCCAAGGUUGUGGUAGCUGUCACAGAUGGUCGCUCUCAGGAUGAGGUUAAGAAAAACGCUGCCGCACUGCAGCAUGCUGGUAAGGGUUACUCCGUUUUCUGCACAGCAAUCUUCCAGUCAACCCAUUGUCAAUCAUAUCCCAUAAUGCUUGUAAAUGUUGUCAUUGAGGUAUCAGCAAUCUGUAGCAUUUCAGAAUCACCCCAUGCAUAUACUGUAGUUGGUUUUCUGAGAAUGGAUGUGUUCCUCCUCUAGGUUACAGUGUGUUUGUGGUUGGUGUUGCCGAUGUGGAUUUUGCUGAGCUGCAGAACAUUGGCAGCAAGCCAAGCGACAGACACAUCUUCGUUGUGGACGACUUUGAUGCCUUUGCAACUAUCCAAGACAACCUUGUGACCUUCAUUUGCGAAACAGCAACAUCAUGUAAGCUGUUUUGUUGUUUGUUAUUUUGGAUACCACUUAUAGUAUUUAGCAGUAAGCGAUUCAUUUAUCGCCCAUGAUAAAAUGUAUCGCCCAUGAUACAAUUCUAGAAACAAAUUGAAUUGUUGCUAAUCUUUGAUAUUAUCUUCACAGCUUGUCCCCUGAUCUACCUGAAUGGAUUCACAUCACCUGGUAACAAUGCUCAGAUUAUUCUUUAUGUACAUCCCAAAUUAGAACCAACUGCAUCAUUUCCUCAUUGGUUGUCAAUGAGGAACUUCUAGAACUUUGAGAAGUUCUAGAACUUAAAAUGAGUUCUUUACCUUGUGCUCUAGGCUUCAGGAUGCUGGAGGCAUUCAACCUGACAGAGAAGACCUAUGGUUAUAUCAAGGGAGUGUCUAUGGAACCUGGCUCCUUUAACAGCUACACAGCCUACAGACUCCAUAAGAACUCCUUCCUGACCCAGCCCACCACGUGAGUCUGAGAGACCAUUGUUUAUUUCCCAAAAUCCCCAGGUUUUCCAGAAAUCCUGUUUGGAGGAUUCCCGGAAUCAGGAGGGAAUUAUCAGGAAAUCGAGAAUCCUCCAACCAGGAUUUCUGGAUAACCUGUGCAAUUUGUGAAAGUUACUGGAAUUUUACAACUCUAUCAUUGUCUCUGGCUUUGAAUGGUAAAUGAUUGUGUUUGUACACUGCAUGGCCAAAAGUAUGUGGACACCUGCUCGUCGAACAUCUCAUUCCAAAAACAUGGGCAUUAAUAUGGAGUUGGUCCCCCCUUUGCUGCUAUAACAGCCGCCACUCUUCUGGGAAGGCUUUCCACUAGAUGUUGGAACAUUGCUGUGGGAACUUGCUUCCAUUCAGCCACAAGAGCAUUAGUGAGGUUGGGCAUUGAUGUUGGGCGAUUAGGCCUGGCUCGCAGUCGGCAUUCCAAUUCAUCCCAAAGGUGUUCGAUGGGGUUGAGGUCAGGGCUCUGUGCAGACCAGGCAAGUUCUUCCAUACCGAUCUCGACAAACCAUUUCUGAAUGGAUCAAAGCUUUGUACACAGGGGCAUUGUCAUGCUGAAACAGGAAAGGGCCUUCCCCAAACUGUUGCCACAAAGUUGGAAGCACCGAAUUGUCUAGAAUGUCAUUGUAUGCUGUAGCGUUAAGAUUUCCCUUCACUGGAACUAAGGGGCCUAGCUCGAAACAAUAAAAACAGCCAUAGACCAUUAUUCCUCCUCCACCAAACUUUACAGUUGGCACUAUGCAUUUGGGCAGGUAGCAUUCUCCUGGCAUCCACUAAGCCCAGAUUUGGCCGUCAGACUGCCAGAUGGUGAAGUGUGAUUCAUCACUCAAGAGAACGAGUCCAAUGGCGGCGAGUUUUACACCACUCCAGCCGACGCUUGGCAUUGCUCAUGGUGAUCUUAGGCUUGUGUGCGGUUGCUCGGCCAUAGAAACCCAUUUCAUGAAGCUCCCGACGAACAGUUCUUCUGCUGACGUUGCUUCCAGAGGCAGUUUGGAACUCAGUAGUGAGUGGUACAACCGAGAACAGACUAUUUUUACACGCUACACGCUUCAGCACUCGGCGGUCCCGUUCUGUGAGCUUGUGUGGCCUACCACUUCGAGUCUGAGCCAUUGUUCAUCCUAGACAUUUCCACUUCACAAUAACAGCACUUACAGUUGACCGGGGCAGCUCUAGCAGGGCAGAAAUGUGAUGAACUGACUUGUUGGAAAGGUGGCAUCUUAUGACGGUGCCACAUGAAAAGUCACUGAUCUCUUCAAUACGGGCCAUUCUACUGCCAAUGUUUGUCUAUGGAGAUUGCAUGGCUAUGUGCAUGGCUAUAUACACCUGUCAGCAACGGGUGUGGCUGAAAUAGCCGAAUCCACUAAUUUGUAGUGUAUGUCUGCACUGCUUUUGUGAGCUAAUGGAUUUAAGGGAUAAUUUAGUUGCAGCACAAAGCCUGCCAGCAUCCACUGUAGAUCUAUGGUGAAUUACAUAUAAUUAACUUGCCCUUAGGCAACCAUGCUGGAAGACAUUAUCUCAAAACCAUACUUAGUUGAGCAGGAUUUGUUUACAUGUGCCUAAUUAUUCCAUAUGCUGUGACUGACUGUGUCGUGGCUUGAUCGACCUUUGAAGGAAAGCCUCAUCUCCAGUAGCAUUUGGUCUGCAGAAUAACGGCAUCAAUGCUGUUUAGGGUUACGGAAUUCCAGUAAUACCAGAUUCCAGGAAUCUUCUGUAAAACUAGGACAUUUGGGAAAAGUUACCGUCAUUUUGUAAUUUAAGUAAUAGAAUUUCCUAAUACUAUUUGUUCAGAUUAUAAUGAUAGUCUCUGUCUCUGAAACUUGUCUCCGCUCAAAUCGAGGAAGACUGAGGAGAUGGAGGUCAAUGUAGGGAACGCAGCCGUUAAGAAAUGACUUGUUUUUAAACGUUACCUUUUUGUGGGCCUUUGCCAUGCAGUAAAAACUGUAUUAACGUUGGUUUGGCACUUGGAGAUGACACGUCUUGCUCAACUAUGUUCAGACAAACUGUUAGACCCCGUUCCACUCUAAACUAGGUCAAUCAAUUUACGAUGUCCUGUUUAUUUGCUUGUGAUUGGCUUACCCAACAGGUCUGAACAUGUCAGAAUAUGGACAGCCCUUAAACAAUGUUCUAGCUCAAUCUGAAGUUCUGGCAUACUGCUGGGUUCACUCAGCCCAUGUAGCUCCGAGACAUCCAACUACACUGUCUAUCUCCUACAUCUCUAAGAUUUAUCAGCCGCACAGUAGGCCUGUGAAGUACUGAAUAUCUCCAGUCAUCUUAACCUUCCACACCAGAGUUUUACCUCUGCUUUCGACUCUAUGGAACAACAUCAGCCACAUCACAGUGCUUCAUAGGCAUAGAGUAAUACUGUACACAUGUAUAUUAAUGGUGAAUUGAUUGUGUAUUUUGUCAUUUUUUUAAUGGUCAGUCUUAUUGUUGGGGUUGUGUGGGGGUUUGAACAGAGAGAUCCACCCAGACGGACUACCUCACUCCUACACUAUCAUCAUGAUGUUCCGUCUCCUCCCGGACACACCCACCGAGGCCUUUGACAUCUGGCAGGUGUCCACCAAGGAUAACAAGCCUGAAGUCGGGGUCACCAUUGAUCGUAAGGCUCUCUAGCGCUUCUUCUUUGACUUGGGUUUAAUGGUUGGGGAUUUGAAGGACUGAGGAUAGAGGGUUACAAUAAGGGUUACAAGAGGUUACUGGGGCUGCAUCCUAAAUGACCCCCUAUUCCCUACAUAAUGCACUACUUUUGACCGGAGCCGUAUGGACCCUGGUCAAAAGUAGUACACUUCAUAGGGAAUAGGGUGCCAUUUGUGACACAGCCAUAGAGGAAGAGGAAGUAGUGUUUUGUGAGGAGGAGAUAUCAUAUCCAGCAGCUGUAGAUAUAUUAAUGUGGUUCUGUCUGAUAUUCUCUCAUGGGAGCAGUGAAUGGAUCAUAAUGGGCUCCAGAGGCCAGGGCUGCUUUGGUCUCCCUCAGUAACCACACUCACCCUCCUCCAGCUCCAGCAUCCUGUAUAAGCUAUGUUCAGCUGGCCUUUAUAAAGCCCCAACCAUGUUGUUUGUGAUGCAGCUUUCACAAAGCAUAUCGGCUUGUGCUUUAUGAUAAACUGCCCAUUGGUGAUAAUGGUAUUGGAGUCCUGUUUCUAGUUUAGGAGCUUUGCAUGACACCAAGUCCUAAUGCGACGUUGGAGAGCUAUCUGUAACCUCUUUCUUUUCUCUCUCCAAACUUGUUUUUCUCUUUUCAGCUUCCAGCCAAACAAUUUCAUAUUAUAACAAGGAUACGAGGGGGGAGAUCCAGAGGGUCACAUUCGACAAUGAUCAAGUGAAGAAAAUCUUCCAUGGAAGCUUCCACAAGGUAAACCCUGACUGUCUGUCUGCGUGACUGUUGGGAUUGGAGGAAUAUACUGGGUGUAGUGAAGUUAAUGGCUAGAUUAUAUAACAUUCGGGCUUGGCAACUGGACUGGAGUUAUGGUACAUCAAUCACAGUUGGCUCCUUUGUUCUUGCUGUAAGCUUGCAUGUCCUGAGGAUACACAGAUAAUGAGAAGGGAUACCUGGCAUUCCUAAUACAUUAUAUAUUACAGGAGGUGUACCUCUGAUAGAGCUACAGACAUGUGUUCUGCAGAACAGUGUCUGCUCAUGCAAACAGAUGGUCUUUGGCUGUAAGUUGUAUAAACCCCAAUGUUACAUGAUACAUAGAUUGACGUUAUUGAUGGUAAUCAAAUCCUCUCAAAGUAAUCAAGUGAUAGAAGUGGCCAUUGAUCUUUACCAGUUUGUUUGGACUUUAAAGCUAAUCAAAUGACUGGUUCAUGCUAAGCUGAAGUGGUCAUGUUUGGUCCAGCUCCAACUCCACAUUGGGCUCUAAUUCGAUGGUUGUUGGUUUCCAAGAGAAACUAAGUGGGGCAGAGAAAUCAGCCUCUAUUGGCAUAUUUGAUCUCUUGGAUUAGUGCAUUAAGUGAGUUGUAGCCGGAGGGAGGGAGACCACUAAAGAUUAACCAUAGGCAGUCUGUGUAUACUCUGUGUAUUAAGAGCAAUAUGGAAGCACUCCCCGCUGGUACUUACUGGAGUUUCCUAACCACUGGAAUGCGUCAUCUACCUUAAGGUCAGAGCAGUGUGCUCAUAGGGGCUGUGGACGUAGUCAUUUAACAACCCUAUCGCAAACGUUCACUAGAAUCUAUAAGUCCUUUUGCGGAGACCAUUAAAAUGUACUGCUAGUCGCUGCUGGCGUGGUAGCCUGGAAAAUAUUGGGUCACUGCUAUAACUAUUAAACAAUUACAUCAGAGAGGCAGUGGAAUGCCAGGCUGGGGGGAGGUUUUUCUGCCUGCCUUCCUCUCUCUCUCUUUCUCUCUUUCUCUCUCGCCAUCCCAUUUUUGGCUCUGCUGCAGUUUCUCUGCCUGGAUGUUGGAUGCAAUCCUUGCCUCUGUUGCCUCUGGUAGCCGACCGCAGGGGAAUUCUCGCCGUUGCUGUAGGGGCGGUGACUCUGUUCUGUGGUUUACCUCCCAGCAUGGUUAUGUAUGCUGGAUCUGUCCUUGUGUUCCAGCAUGGUUAUGUAUGCUGUAUCUGUCCCAGUGUUCCAGCAUGGUUAUGUAUGCUGGAUCUGUCCUUGUGUUCCAGCAUGGUUAUGUAUGCUGUAUCUGUCCCAGUGUUGUCCUGCUGGGCUCAGAGUGAGAUCCAGUGCCAGAUAGAGCUGAUUCUACUGGUAAAGCCUGUCUGUCUCACCAGCCAUGUCACCUUCACCAGAUGGCACAUGACAGAAGACUAGGGCUGCACCCUAUUCCCAUAUAUAGUGCACUACCAACUACCAAACACAUAUAUUUUGACCCAUAGGGCCCUGGUCAAAAGUAAUGCUCUACGUAAGGAAUAGGGUGCCAUUUGGAAUGCAGCCUAGGCAAUUUACAGCUCCCACUGGGGACAGGAUCUCAACCACACUUCUCACAGUGACAGACAGACAGUAAUGAGUAGGGAUUGAGUACUGUAAGCGCUUUUCACUUGUAAUUUCCCUCAGUCAGUAUAGCGGUUGAAACUUUCCUUUGUAGAAUGCACAUGUAUUUUUAAGAGGUAGAUGACUGUGUCAGUUACAGAGCUGGUGACUUAUAAAUCAUAGUCCUCUCUACCUGCUGCCAACAUGUGCAGCAUAAACAAACAUGAUUUAGACGGGUUAGCUUGAACCCAGACUCUCACUCCCUUAUUUGAUUGAUGUCCUGGUUUGUUUUCAUAGUCAUCUCUGGCAGGUUUAGGAAAGUGUUGUGUGGUGAGGAGGGCUAUGGGCUUUUAAACAGCCGGGUUGCACUGCUUCACCACAAGGUUGAUUUACCUCGACCUAAGCAGUCAGGAAAUAGCUAAUUCAGCAUUUGAAAAGUCUUAGUUACCGGCAAUGACACAAAACUCCCUAAAAUGGGUUUAACAGAUGUGCUCUAAAUAAAGAAUUGGGAGCCUCCUGUGUGUUUAUUGAGUUAAAAUACAAUUCCAUUCUAUCAGCCAGUAAAAAAAAUCCUCACUGCUACUACUGUAUAAACCACAUGUUUACAAACUUUUCUUGCCCAGGGACCCCCGCCCAGGCAAACCGACGACCCAGGAACCCCCAUCAUAUCUUAGCAGAAAACAAAUAUCACGUCUUGUUUUAUUAUCAGGUGAAUGAUGAUGGCAAGUAGAAGUAAUCAACAUUUUAAAAUGAACAGAUUUGGUAGACAGUUUCAUUAUUUUGACCUCCCCACACAGUUCAUUGGAAGAGGAAGUGUAAACUCUAACACAGUCUAUUAGCUAGACAGGUAAAGGUAUCUUGGCGGCAUAGAGAAAAUCUUACUGUUGUAAAGCUCAUUUUCUGAAAUUCCAAAAAUAAAUCCUCAAACAUUAGAACAAAAUCAACAGGCAUUCAAAGUUUCAGAUAUUUUUUUAUAACCCAACCCUGAUCUGUACUUCUCCACAUCUUUGUCCCUGACCUGUUUGGAGAGCUCCUUGGUCUUCAUGGUGCCGCUUGCUUGGUGAUGCCCCUUGCUUAGUGGUGUUGCAGACUCUGGGGCCUUUCAGAACAGGUGUAUAUGUACUGAGAUCAUGUGACAGAUCAUGUGACACUUAGAUUGCACACAGGUGGACUUUAUUUAACUAAUUAUAUGACUUCUGAAGGUAAUUGGUUGCACCAAAUCUUAUUUGAGGGCUUCAUAGCAAAGGGGGUGAAUACAUAUGCACGCACCACCUUUCCGUUAUUUAUUUUUUAGAAUUUUUUGAAACAAGUUAUUUUUUUGAUUUCACUUCACCAAUUUUGACUAUUUUGUGUAUGUCCAUUACAUGAAAUCCAAAUAAAAAUCCAUUUAAAUUACAGGUUGUAAUGCAACAAAAUAGGAAAAACGCCAAUGGGGAUGAAUACUUUUGUAAGGCACUGUAUGUUGCAGCUAGCAAAAAAUAUAUAUAUACAAAAAUCGCGGACCCCCUUCAGUACCUAUUUGGUACAAUAUGCAGACAGUCUGUAACCCAGUUUGAAAACCCCUGGUCUAAACCAGCUCUAGUUUCCUGUUUCCGAUGACAGUUUGAAUGCUUUGUUCUCUCGCCAGUAACCCUUUCUUUCAACUGAGAUUACUGGAAGCAUACAGUAGAUUUAGCAGACCCUCAGGAAUCAAACUCUAAAGCAUUUUCUUAAACCAUGAUUGAUAGUAGUUAGGAAUUAACUUAAAUGUCCAUAAAGAUGAUAAAUGAGUGUUGACAUACCCUGACAGUAUGGACUCUGCUUUUCACCAUGCUGAACGUAUCAACCGUUUAAUUCAUUAUCAAAAACCAUUGUCUUGUGUUUGGAAAAUACAAUAACAUUUAAUGCAUAUUGUACCAAAUAAUACUAAAAUAAAGGCAUAUGGAUUUCAUGGAAGCUUGAGUCAGUGAGCAAAACGCAAACCAUAUGUAGUCCAAAUGGAUAGAGAACACCCAAGACUUGUGAAUGAAAAGGCUAAUACGUGUUAGACGAUGGUAAGCGUCAUGUCAGAGAGAGCGAGAGAGGACAUGGUCAUAUGAUGGUAGAAGGUCUGGCAUUGGGAGGAACCGUGUAAUCUGUCCCAGUGACUGACCAGAGGUCAAGGGAAACCCCAACAUCUGUAACGUGGACGUCACAUCAGUGAGCUCACUGGGAAUGCCAUCUUUAACUGUGCUGCCUGCUGCACGCCACAUUUUUACCAAGACAGGGAAACCUCGGCCAAGGGUUUGCCUUUUCGUCACAAUAGCGUCUUGGUAUCCAUUUUCUUAGGGUUGAAGGUUUUGUGUGUCUGAUUUUUGAUGGGUGACAAGGUGUUUGGUUGUAUUGCUCUUUAUGAAUCGCUCAGUCAGAGUUAUUAAACUGGAGACAGUCUGAGGCUGCAUAGAGCAUUCCUAGAGGUGCUGAAUUUCUUCUUCACUUUAGAGAGCUGAUGAUGAUGUAAUUUCCUUCAGCCGAGUUGCUUUCUCACAGUACCUUUACCUUAUUUACCCUCUUGCCAUCCAAAAUAGACUCACAAUUGCCAUAAAUUGCUGAGCGUGCUCCGCUGUCUGUCUGCACACUCUCCCAGAAGAAUCUUGACAUAUGAGUUUCCUCUGCUAGUGGUCGGCUAAACAUAGCUGUACAUUUGUUGACCACAAUGAAUUAAACAGUGUGUGGUUGUCAAACCUCUGGGGCUGACUCCAUAGCUUGGUACAGGAACAUUUUGCAUGCUCAGUAAGAAUGUGGUUACUGGGCUACAGUUGAACUCCCCAGAACAGCAGCUAGCCUCCAAACGCAUGGCAAUAGAGCAAAAGAGUUCAAGGGAGCAGUUCUUCUGUCGCACCACAAAACAACAUCAUCAGAAGAUGUGGUGAGGGAGAUCUGAGUAAGGACUAGCAACAUAGUGUGUACAUUGACUCUGUGAAACAUAGUGGUGGAAAGACUCAUCCUUGGUGUACACCACAUCACUUUAACCCCAUCACCGCAAGUAAGUGAGACAGAUGAAUGGAUGUCGGUGCUCUGUAAAUCAGUAGGCAAAACAGCUGAUCCGGUAUUUCCUACUGUGUUCUACCACACUCGAUUAAUCUUACUGAUGAUAUGACAUGCUAUAUGACUAAUAUUAUGUAAUUAACAGUGAAUGGAGAUGACAUCGAUGGAAAUAAUGAGAAAUCACCAUUUUGGUGAUUAUCUUAUCCUGAGUGCACUUUUAGGAUACUGUACAUCCUCAGAACACAUUGAAAUAAUUUUGGUGUGCUGCUCUCGUUAUUGUACUCUGGCCUAUCUCUUUUGGAGAGAUUCAAUGAACAACACAUCAAUGAACAAAUACACCCUGUGUCUUUCUGUGCUCUGUUGCCAAACCCAGAUAACCCAAUGAUUUGCAAUCUUAGGAUAGAUAGCAGACGGUCCUAGACGAAAGUAUGUCCUGGACAAAGAAUGUAACAACUCUCAAUCUUUUCUCUCUGCAGCUCCACAUCCUUGUUUCCCCCACCAAUGUCAAGCUGAACCUCGACUGCCAAGAGGUGGCGGACAAGGAGAUUAAGGAGUCUGGAAACACAUCCACGGAUGGCUAUCAAGUUCUUGGCAAAAUGUCCAAGUCCAUCAGCUCCAAGGGAGAAUCUGCAACUGUAAGUGAACUGUCAUACAACAUCAAAGGAUAUGGACCUACAAGCCUACUAGCAUGUCGGUUUUAGUGCCCCUGUGUAUCUAAGUGUUGUUAUGACAGGAGGAAGCUUUGAAGCUCACUCCCUCCAACACAGUGCACCCCAAAUGGAAUGUGCCUAAGUUAUACUUAUCUGAUGAUCUGCGGGCUCUCUGUCUGCAUGUUCUCCUUGUUUUCUUAUUUUGUGUUUUGGGAUCCGGAGGAAGUAUGUAAAUGUCCUUUUUUUCCUGUUCCACAGUUCCAGCUCCAGAUGUUUGAUAUAGUGUGCACCCUUGGCUGGACGAGCAGAGACAGAUGCUGUGACCUUCCAUCUAUGGUGAGUAAAAGGAGCCUCAGUGGACCUCUGCUGAAAUUUCCCCAAGGUACAGAUCUAGGAUCAGCUUCCUCUCCCCCAAUCCUAACCUUAACCAUUAGUGGAGAAAAUGCUAAACUAAUCCCAGAUCAGCGACUAGGGGCAACUUCACCCUACACCUGGACCUCGCUGGAGGGGAGAGGCAGGUGGUACAAUUUAACAGGCUGCAAAACAAGCUCUGAGCAGUCUGUAAGCAUCUUCACUGACCCAAAUCUAUAGUCCUCUUGACACCUGUUGAGCCUCUGAGUAUGUGUGUGUGCUUUUGGCCUGGCAUGAGUGUCCGUGACUGAGAUCAAGUCCAAUUGUGUGUGUGUGCACAUGUGCGUAUUAGACACAUGCUUCCAAUACAUCUUGCUUGUCUCAUCUUUUAACACGGCAGUAAACAAAUGCAUAUCCAUCUGCUUUAGGACAUGCUUACAUCAUCCUGAACACGUGAGGAGGAACAAUGGGAAAACAAGCCUGUAUUUUAUAAGCCGUGUCUUGGAUUCUAAUGCUGUCCUGAUAACUUGUAUAACAGAUGCAGUAAAAGUGAAACUGCAUCCCUAGAAAUCUGAUUCCCAAUGGUCAAAUCAUGUGCAGACAGAAAGCUUAGGAUAUUUCACUCAACGAGCAGCUAAGCAUGGCAUGAUUGUGUUUAAAUGGCCCUGCUGCAGCUUCAAACACUGAUUGGCCCCAGAGCCCGGGCAGUAGGCGGAGAAGCAACGACUAUCGACUGUAAAGUCAUCACAACUUUGAACGGCCUUCAACAAUACCUACAUCCAACAGAAAACAAUGCCAAGCUGUCAAGACAAUGCCCCUGUUUGAUCUGGACUUUCUCACUUUAGUCCCGCCAGAGAUAUCCAAGAACACACCUCUGUUUCAACAAAUCAGAGCUGCACAAUCACUGUUGGUUGGACACCCAGAAUGUUUUUUUAAUGUGUUUCAUGUCUUUUGGGUAGGGCUUUCAAUAAUAAAUCAAUAACAGGCUGUCCAGUGUUUACAUGAUUGUUGCAUGCCAACACAUCUGCCUGAUUAGAGUUGUUCUAUUGAAAUAUUGCUCUUAUGUAGUGAGCAUGUACUUGAUCAGUUUGUCUUCCUUGAGAUAUACAGUGCUACUGGUACUAACUAAUAACAUCUAAUCAAUCAAAAUAAGCCAUAUUAUCCUGUAACCUCCUGACCCUUCGUCUGCUUACAUUUACAUUACAUUUCGGUCCUUUAGCAGACACUCUUAUCUGGAGAGACUUACAGUCAGUAAGUCUGUAAAUCUGCUUGCAUAAGACUGGCUGAGAGGAUUACCUGUAGCUUUAGCAGUAUCUCUGCAGACUCACAGAGGACUGGGUCUGUGUUUUAGCCCAACUCCUUCUAGUUAUCUCAGCUCACCACUUCUCUUUGUCUGUUCCCUCCCCUGUUAUCAGAGAGAGGAGUCCAAGUGCCCGUCCCUCCCCAACGCCUGCACAUGCACCUCAGAGAGCACAGGACCCCAGGGAACACAGGGGGCAGUGGUAAGGACCAGAUACACCCACUACACUCUCUAUUUGUCUCCAAAUGGCACUCUACUCCCUAUUUAGUGCACUACUUCUGGUCAGGGCCCAUAGGGCACUAUAUAGGGAAUAGGGUGCCAUUUGGGAUGCACUUUCCUUCCAUCUCUAUACUGCAGGCCAGGGGUUCUAGUGAACUCAUUGAUCUGCCGAUUGAAAAUAAUAUUUUUGACACAUUUUUAUUUAUGUACUGUACAUUUGACUCUAACGUUCAUUCAUUAUGUAGGACUGACUGUACACUGCACAGUAAAAGUUGGCUUGUAUUUCAUUUUAAAAGGGCAAACCAGAAGGAAACUACAGUUAUGAUUAUGAAGCCCCCAGGGAGGGAGCAUCCAUCCUGAGUAUGGGUCUGGUCUUCUGGACACUCCUCUCUGUCACUGUGUUAACUUGACAAAUGAUCUUUCUUCACCAGGGCGCACCCGGUAGCAAAGGUCCCCGGGGUGAAAGAGGAGAGACUGGCCCGGCUGUAAGUACCUCACUAACCUCACCUCUCAGAUUCCCUCUUUAGGACAGAAGUUUUCUUUUUUUUCCUUUUUUGUUUAGGGGGUAGAUCAGCUUUAAUAUUGCAGAUAGAUUGUAACUUCCAUCAAUGUAAUUGUCUGCAUCACUUCCAAUCCCCCAUAUGUUUUUUCCCCACAAAUAUAUAUAUAUAUACAUAUACAUACAUACACAUACAUACAUAUAUAUAUACAGUACAUAUCCUUAAAAAAUAUAUAUUUUCCUUUAUUACUUUCCAACCCCACAACCCCUCCCCUAAUUGGAGUAAACUAGUGACUGCAGGGUUACCUUUUAAAGUCAUAACCGACGGCAGGCAAGUCAUAAAGUGGUCAAGGCAUUUGACACCAUUUGGAGAAUGUGGGAAAUUGGAGUCUCCUUAAAGCUUUUCUGCUCUUGAUGAAAACUGAGAACUGUUUACAGUUUCAUGGCUUUGAAGGGGAAGAAACACAUCUGAAUUCACUUAUUAGGAGUAUGUUAGUCUUCUCAACAAUUGAGGGAGGCUCUGUUUGACAGUGUAGGCAUUCCACGGUUUCUGGUGCCUUCUUCCAGAGAUUGCAACAGUAGCAGAUUUUCAGUCUGGAGAUCUCAAUAGCAACAUUCUUUCCAGCUCUAAUUGAUUCUUAUCUCUUGUCUUUGUUUCUCUGAUAGGGUCCAAUUGGACCGCGUGGAGAUACAGGAUUGCCAGGACCUAUGGGUCUGCCCGGCCCUCAAGGACCUAGCGGGCUGUCUAUUCCAGGAGAAGCCGUGAGUCUCACUCUUACACUGAACACUCCACGCUCACACAUUCCACAUGCCACAUACACUCCCUUCUCCCCAGCCACAGGCAAUGCUGCUGCGCAUGGCUCAUUUCCAGCAGUUACACGUAAAUCCCACGAUGCCCCCACACACCAAAUAGGGAUCAUUUUGUCCAAUUAUUAUGUAAGGAAUUUACAAGCUGCGGAGUAAUUGUGGCAGAGGCCUGUUGAGCCUGCAUUUCUUCAUGUCUAGGGAUACGUGAUAUCUGACUCCUUUAAACCAGCCUAAUCUCAAUGCAGCUACAUAAAUCUCCACUGGGAUUUCCUUCGCUGAAAAGCACCCAAACUCAAUAUAAAUGUUUCUCCACUUCUUCGCUAAAAAAGGGCAUUACCAUUAGACUGUUCAGACAUCAACAAUACACUUCGACACAUCUCGCACAGAACUCUCAUCACAGCGUGUUUACCUUGGGUUAAAGACAGAUUGGCACAACACAUUUUCUUAGAUCUGUCACCCAAAGGUUAGUGAGUGUUGAGUUUGGAGGAAGUAUUAUGUUGUUAUCCACUGAGUGUGAAUGUGUUUUUCCCUCCACUGUUUCAGGGCCGCCAAGGACCCAAAGGAGAAGCUGGUGAUUCUGGGCUACCUGGACAGAAAGUGAGUGCUGCUUUGGCUCACCGCCCCGGCUGUGGUUUAGAACAGGAAAUCAGGGAUAAUUCACAGGGUACAGAUAUGCUGCUACUCUGCCCUCUCUCCAUGUGGCAAGCCACAGACAAUAUUUCAUAUGAGGAGAACUCACAAAGAGGCAGUAACUAAAAACAGGUUGAGAUUCCCAAAUUUGGAUUUAAUCUUUCUUGUAGUCAAGUGGAAAACAAAUCACCUUGAUAUACAAUGCCUCUUCACCAGAGGCUUCUGGUUAGGCCGUGCACAUUAGGCCUUCCUCUUUGUGUCAGUUGAACUAUGGUGCAUACAAAGCUGAUGAGGUGAUAUAGAAUGGAAGAAUGGAAAGAGAGAUCCUCUGAGAUGGUUUCCAUUAAACUCACAAAUCAAAUCAAAUUGUAUUGGUCACAUACACGUGUUUAGCAGACGUUAUUGCGGGCGUAGCGAAAUGCUUGUGUUUCUAGCUCUGACAGUGCAGUAAUAUCUAACAAGUAAAAGCUAACAAUUUCACAACAUAAGUGUGAAACAUAACGCCACAAACAAAUAGCCCCCUCCAGUCCUCAUACAUAAAAUGGCAUCUUUUGUAUUUCUAGAAAAAGCCUGCCCCUUUUAUUUACUGAUAAAAAGGAGAAGCCUCUUUUGUGUCUACAAGUAAACUCAGAGUACUUCUAUGCAGAGUCAAAUGGAAAGCAAGCCUUCCCCCUCCCUACAAAAAUGUUACCUCAGUUCAGAAUUCAUGCAGGUUUGUUGAUGCCACAAGACACUGGAGAAUGAAUUACCAAGUGGUGAACUUGGUCCCGUGUGGCUCAGUUGGUAGAGCAUGGCGCUUGCAACACCAGGGUUGUGGGUUCGAUUCCCACGGGGGACCAGUACAAAAAAAAAAAAAAAUGUAUGAAAAUGUAUGAGCUCACUACUGUAAGUGUCUGCUAAAUGACAAAAAUGUGAAAAAUGUGAACCCACAACCCAUCGCUAAAAUGGAUUGUGGGUAGUGUUUGCAGGUGACCGUGAUAGAACAGAAGAAAUAGCAACAUGCAUUUAAUGACUUGCAGAGUAUGCAGUCCUGGUUUAUAAUGGCCAAUAAAACGGAUCUGGAAUAUAUUAUGUUCCCUGUAAAUCGUUUGCCAAAGCAUCAAAGGCGAGAGAGGAUUGACAAUAAAUAAAAGUGAGCAGGGUUUCAGAGAAAAUUAGAAAUAAAAAGGAGAUUUACUGUUUGACACACAGAAAACUAGCGGUUAAACAAACUGGUUUGAGUUGGUUGGUCAAAGGUACGUGACCUGUGUUAAUGUGAGCUGUGAGGAAAAAAGAAAGUCCAGCUCUGACGUGGGUUGUGUUUCCGCCUUUUUUCCCAGGGUCCACCUGGGGUAGCUGGGACCAUCGGCCCAAUCGGACCUGCUGGACCGAGGGUGAGUCAAAUCAAUGGGCCAUUGUCUAAAGAUUACACAAUGUCUGUCAAAUGAACUAGAUCCCAUCAGCUCAACUUGUUUAACUCUAUUGUCUGUGUGUUGUGAAUGCAGGGACCCCAAGGAAAGGAAGGACAGGCCGGAUCCAGAGGUCCAACAGGACCAAUGGUAUGCUCAGACAAAAUACAGUCAGGGAGAUAAAUAAAUGUAACUGUCAAACUCAGCCUCUCCUAAACUAAAGAAGUUUCUUGAGUGUAAUCUGAGUGGUUAUUUUGUUUGUUUCACUGUAUCUGAUUUGUUCCGUUGUUUGUGUCACUGUAUUGAUUGAUUGUUUUAUUUGCAAGUAAAAAAAUAUACAUACACAAUGUACAUACAUUUUAAAAAUAGGGAUAAAACAAAGUAAAUGACUUCCCAUUGUGGUCCCUUCAAGUGCAUGGUGCAAUACAUGUAUUUGAUUGGUUAUUUUGUUCUUGUCACUAUUCAGGGACCUCCUGGAUCUCCUGGAAUGCCUGGGGCUUCAGGAAAACCAGGAAAGCCUGGUGACACAGGUGUUCCGGUAAGCAUCUAUCUCACCAAAUCUCAUAUACAGAUCUGUAUGUCAUGCAAACCACUGAAAGGCAAAGUUGUUGCGUCACACAGUACAUACAUCUGUGUGCAGUGAGAUGUAACGGCCUUGUAUUUACAUUUUAUUUCAGGGAGCCAAUGGUAUUAAAGGGGACAGAGGAGAGAGAGUGAGUGACAUCUCCAUGGUUCUAGCUUCAUGUUUUGAACCUGAGUAAAUCUCAGUAAGUCAUGCAUAUUCAUCACAAGCCUUCCUCUCUGUUUGUUUCUAGGGUGACUUUGCUCCUCAGAACAUGAUGCGAUCCAUUGCCAGACAAGUGUGUGAGCAGAUAAUAAAUGGUGAGUGGGCCUUUUUUCAGCACUAAAUGUGUAAGUAGCUCUUUCACCAGAGAGAAAUCAAAGUCCUAGCAGAGUCUGCCUUUCAUGAAAUGUCUGUUGCCUACUCAAUGUUUGUGUUUAUCAUUGUUUUUCAGGACAAAUGAGUAGAGUCAAUUCCAUGCUGAACCAGAUUCCUAGCGGUUACCGUAGCAGCAACAACCCAGGUCCCCCCGGACCCCCUGGGCCCAGCGGUAACCAGGGUCCCAUUGGAGAGCCCGGACAGACAGGCAGGAAUGGAUUCCCAGGAAGUCCAGGACAACCUGGCCAGCAAGGCGAGAGAGGUACGUCGUCCGGAUGUCCAUGACUGUCAGCAGCCCAAGAUUUCCCCUAUGUUUGACUAAUAAUGCUGUUUAUCAAUAGGUCUAGCUCUGGUGUGUCAAUCUCAAUUCCUGGACGGCAGUAUGUCUGCGGAUUUUCUCUCCCUUGUACUUCAUUGGUCAAGUAAUUGAUUAAUCAUUGAAUAGUUAGGAACUCCCCUCACCUAGUUGUCACCUAGGUCUUACUUGGACACGAAUUGAAAGGAAGCAACAAAAACCAACAUACACAUGGGUCUCCAGGAAUUGGCACCCCUGGCCCAGCUGUUCAAUAUCAGUAGGCCUAACUAGAGUGUCUUGCUGUGUGGAAUCAGAAGAUAAUCGAUCAUAUUGUCACGGUUGGAACAAAGACUGGACAUUUUUCCAUAGACAUACAAUUCUGUCUUAGAAUUGCUGCGAUAACAAUGGAAUGAAGCCUUCACAGACUUUUCCAAAGUCUCAUGUUCACAAAAUAUUCCAUUCAUCUCAGUGGUUCUGCCUGUAUUUCUGUGUGUCUUUACAUAGGCCUUUCUCAGACUGUUUUCAGUGGCUUGAAUACAUGAAUAUUUAAAUUCCUGUGCACUCAUAGUGGUUGCAUUAGGCUUUUCUCUUUUAGUGUGUGUCCUUGUCUUUGUCUGCUGUGAGUGAUUAUCUAUGUUUGUUUCCCAGGCCCUGCAGGAGAGAAGGGUGAUCGAGGGACAGCAGCAGUCGGACAGAGAGGACAAAGAGGACCACCUGGUUAGUUUCACAUUUUUGCUCCAGAUCUACAACAAUCCAGUCUUUGUCUUUUGUCCUGCAUUGCGCCCCAUCUGAGUCUUAAUAGCAAUACCUAUCCCAUUCCAUGAGGGUGCUCAUUCAUUAAGGUUAAUCUCUCAGAGUGAUUGGCAUUGCGUCAUAUUCUUUGGUAGAAUCUGGGGAAAUCAAUCAUUACUUUACUUUAGCUGAAGUAAUGGGGGGUCAUUCUGGCCACGUCUCUCUUUGUAAGCUGGAUGUGUCACUAUGAAUUGAACCAUUUCUCCCAGUUCAAAUCUCCUUAGCUGUAACUACAGGCUGCUAAACCAAGCGUUGCUCAGCUCAGAGGUGUUGCCUGAAGCAAUGCUGGGGCAGCUGUGUUUACCAACACUGCCAUCCAGCAUUUUCCCAGUUGAACACUCUACCUUCUAGGGGUUUUAUGUUGCCUUUGUGUAUGAGGUGUUCGUACACACAGAUGUUGAAAUACAUUUUCUAUUCACACUGCGGUAAACAUGAAUUGCAGCACCUGAAGAUAGGCAACAUCCAAACUCUAUAACACCUCAUGGUUUCGAACAGUGUCAGUUCAAAGUGAAAGCAAAGGACGGCAGUUACAGACCAAAAGAGUGAGAGAGGUUUAUGCAGUGGUGGAAAAAGUACUCAAUUGUCAUACUUGAGUAAAAGUAAAGAUACCUUAAUAGAAAAUGACUUAAGUCAAAGUGAAAGUCACCCAGUAAAAUAUUACUUGAGAAAAAGUCUAAAAUUAUCUGGUUUUAAAUGUACUCGAGUACAAUUGUCAUACUUGAGUAAAAGUAAAAAGCAAAAGUAAAUGCUAUACAUCAAAUUCCUUAUAUUAUGCAAACCAGACAGCACCAUUUUUACAGACAGACAGGGGCACACUCCAACACAGACAUCAUUUACAAGUGCAGUAUUUGUGUUUAGUGAGUCCACCAGAUCAGAGGCAGUAGGGAUGAAAACGCGUUAUAUUGGUAGGUUCCUGAAUUGGACCAUAUUGCUGUCCUGCCUGAGCAUUCUAAAUGUGUCAGGGAAAAUGUCUGGGAGAAAAAAGUACAUAUUUCCUUUAGAAAUAUAGUGGAGUAAAACCUGUCAAAAUUAUAAAUAGUAAAGUACAGUUACCCCCCGAAAACUUAAAAUUAUUUUUUACUUAAGUACUUUACACCACGGGUUUAUGUACAUCACAGAUUUCAUGUACCAAACAGAUAAGCAACAUCAAACUUCAUAUGGAUACUAACCAGAGUUGGUCCAUUUCAGAUGAUGUGCUCUCCUUAGUCUUCAUCCAUUCUAAUGGCUUGAGCAGUACCACAGUCAUUACAAGCUGUCACUGAUAGGACCAGUGCGCAGAGAUCAUAGAUUGAGUUCUGAAACCAGAGAUCAGACAGCGGGAUUCCCAUUGGUUUAACCGUGUAAUGGAGCUACAGCAACAGACUCCAGCCAAACCGCCUGCCAGGCCAUCCAACAAUAAUAUAAGCUUGUCUUGCCAGGGGCCGUAGAGUAGCAAUACAGGUAAUACAGCCAUCCAUUCCCAUUGUAAUUCAGCACGCUUCACUAUAGCCACCCACUCCCUCUGUAAUACAGCACACUUCACUAUAAAGCAUUGGGCUUCAAGGUCUACAAGUUCAAGACUUGGAAAGUGGUCUUGAAUCAGGGAAAAGGAUAUGCCCAGAUUACUGGGGAAGCUAGCUGAUGGUGAGUCAUUGUUCAGGGGCAUCAGAUCGAUGUGCUGAGGUCUUCCUCUCGUGGUCUCAUUCACAACACAUGUUUAAAGGACUUUGAGGACCAUGGAUGCGAGACUGAGAAAAAUUCCAAGCUUAGCUUUUAUAAACGUCUAGACGAAACAGAGGGGGAAAAAGGAUCAACGAAUAAAUCCAGGGUUUUCCUUCUUAAGUAAAAAAAAGAAAAGAAAAAAACUAUGUUCCAAACUGUUACAGAAACAGUUACUACACUUAUAGUUCCCACUGAUGUCACAGGGUGAUGACAUGCCGAUGCCUUCUGAUUGGUCGAUUGUGAUUUUUCUCUCCACAGGCCCAACAGGCGAAGCUCGGACCGGCCCUCCAGGCCCCACAGGCUCCUCUGGGCCCCGCGGUCCUCCUGGGCGCCAAGGGUUCGCAGGUAUUAGGGGCCAACCCGGCACUCCUGGCUACUGUGACUCCUCCCAGUGUGUCGGCAUUCCUUACAAUGGACAAGGAUACAGAGGUACAUAAAUGGAAAGGUUGAUGGGCAUGACAUCCUCAAUGACUGCAUGUCACCGAAGCAUGAAACAUGAGUGAAAAGCACGAGUAGUUACUACAUAGUUAUUACGUAACAUAAGUGAGUACAGUACAGACUGAUGACAAAAUUGAUAUAUUCCAGAAACGACUAUAUAUAUAUUGUGAUAAUUCAUUUAUUAACAUUUGGAGAGAAAGUAAAUAUUCCCAUACCAACUGAAGACUAACACCCCGUUUGACCUAUUUCAGGUUCACCAUAGUAAACUUUCUAAAUCGCCUGUGCUGCUUUCACUUUGAAUUCCUGAAAAAAAGUCCUGUUACUGAGAUACUUGCUCACGUGCUCUAGAGCUGUUUGAGGAUAACCACCAAAGGAUAAGAUUAACAAACUAUGUUGAGAAAGACAAGAACCACAACGAGGACCGGUACUAACAACAUUGUAGAACAACUAGAUCAAACAAGCACCGGUGAUGGCAACAACAUACUUGCCUGUUUGCAUCUUGAAGCCAAAGAACGAGCAGACAAAGACCUUCUAUCGGGUGGAAAAGCAUGUACAAACAAACAAAAACAAUACAACAACAUUAACAUGGUUACUCUUGAGGUGAUAUCUGUAAAUAAACUAAUGAUGCCUUGUAAAUGAUGUUUAAAUCACAUCCACUAAAUGUAGUUUUUAACACCUGUAGUUAUGCUUUUGCCUUGUAACCUGCUGCUUAGUGAAUGCCAACAUGAAUGCUUCUUUUUCUACCACGUCCCUAAAAGUGAUGUUUCUGUAGCCUAAACACACACAGACUGCUCAGGGCCAUAUUGAACCACGUGCCUUUUGUACCAUGUGACCUUGGAGGUUUAGCUUUUCUAUCUAUGUACACGGUAGUAGCAUUCUAAGAAUCAUCAUUCAUUCAUGCUGUAGUAAUAAUUGAUAUUCUUCCAGUACCAGAUGGUUACCUCUGUUAUGUUAUGAGGAAUAACCUCUCAAUUCCAAAACGUAUGAAUAGACUGGUGGUAGAACUCUUACUUUAUUUUUUAUAUUUUGUGUUGAUAUUUUGUAAAUGAAUGAGUUGCAGCAAAUGGCAAUGAUGAUUCUGUUAAAUGAUUGAAUCCACCCACCACUCAAACUGUACUAACAGAAAACACACUGAAUUGUUUACAAACCCUUUCUAUCAGUGCCUUUGAAAAUAACAACAUGUAGAGGUAAAUUACCACAUCCACUCAAUUGUCAUUUCACCAGUAUACUGUAAGUCCAAGCCUGAAAAGAAAACCUAACACAACAAUUCAUUUUGUGCAUGUUGAGCCUGACAUACUCUGCAAAUUACACUCAUGUUCAAUUGGCAUAAAACACUAUUUCCAACCAGACCCAUAUCCACCUGAGCCUGAAACCUACGUAGUCCCAAUACCUGAAGAAGAAGAUGACUCACAAAACGAGCGUCGAAAGAGGUCACUAUCAAGAAUGGAAUCCAAAAGUA